CUCUGUUAAUGGCAGCGCCAACUUCCUGUCAACUUCCAGUCAAGAAUGCUGUGCCCACCGGUUUGGGGCAGCUGUCUAGUUCCAAAACCAAGCCUGUCCUUUCAAGCUUUCAGAAAAAACUUCUAUGCACUUUUGGAAAUAUCUGUAGCUCAGAUCGUAAAAAAAUGGCUUUCCAAAACAUUGUAGAAGUUUAUUUGGAAGAAAUACGCCAGAAAUUAGAUUUUUUUUUUUUUAAUACAAAGUUGAUUGGUACGCUAGGAGGCGCAGGCGUAAAUUUGACUUGGUAAGAGAUGCUUUAAUUAUUAACUAUAAUGAGUAUGAUAAAGGCCUCCAACCAAACGCUAGAUGGUGCUUUGCAAGCUGUUGAUCGCUGUCCAUGGUGCUGAAACUCAACUGUGGACAUUCGUAAUGAAGUCCACAAGGGGCUAGCAGCUCAGAGGAGGAACGCUGCACAUAUAGUAAAUCUACUAAUCGAGAUGUCCUGUCAAUUCUCCCUCACCGGGAUUAGCAACUGUGUAAUGGUAUUGGUGAAAAACCUAAAAAUAAAAGAGAGAAAUAUAGACGCAACUUAGUAUUAGUGUAAUCUGUACGAUCACUGAUACUGUAAGAACAGCUUUUUCUGCUGUAGGAACAUUUAGACAGCGCUGAAAACUAGAAAUGCAGUAGUUUUAACGAAACAUUUCCAAGCCUGAUUGCAUACAGCGAAUAAAAUAUUAUGCACGUGAUAAUUAAAAUUUCACAGAAAAAAUUCGAGGUAGCCUACCAUCUAUCUUGCAUUAAUACUAAGCUUAGAUUGGUUGGAAUUACGUGACACUACAUCUCAUCAUUUUGCUGUUAAUACAAGUCUUACUAUCACCGCACACAUUAACUUUAUUCUGUCGGGGACAAGAGGUAGGCUAUAGGUAGCAUUUUAGAUAGUGACUGGGGGAUCCUUCAUGUUCAUGUUCACGUCUGUUGUUGAGGGAGGGAGAAAGAGAGAUAGGUGGUAGAGAGAGAGAGUGAUUGAGCGAGAGAUAAUGAAAGAGAGCGAGAGAGAGCCGAGGACCACGCGCCAAAGAAGACGGACGAAGGCAUGCGACAUGUCCAAAGGAUUCAGGUAAGUUUUGAUGCAAUGGACCAUGAAAAUGUGGAUUCAGGUGUGUUUGACAUAUGUUAAAAGGAAACAUGGACGGGAGUGCGGACUGCUGAGAACAGACCGAUCAUGUUCUAGCUUUGUCUUUCUGUUAUCAUUGUUAUGCGUGUAAUUCUAAUCACGGAUCAACCAAAUGUUGCAUGUUAAAUAAAGCACAACGCAUGUUUUAGGGUGUGCUUGAUACAUGAACAGCCUCGAGUAUCAUCAUUAUGCAGAAUUCCUAUAGGUGUCGACUAUGGAGGGAACGUAGUUUCUCGUUUUCAUCAUAAACUAGCUCAGUCAAACGGUGAACAUAGAGUGUGUGUGGAUAAGCAGUCCAGGAAGCAGCCCCCAACACGUCCUUGUAACCGGUUUGGAAAGUGCGCUGUCCAGGGUGCUAAACAUGGAUUCCGCUCGAUUUUGUCAAUGGAAACAAUACAGUACUUCAAGCCUUUCGUUCGUGAUAUUGUGACAUACAUGCUGUGGUGCCUGUUUACUCCACACGGAGCUAAACACUUGCAAAUUCUCCCUGGAGAGCCACAGCAAUGGUCAGACAGGUGUGCGUUUAGUACCUUGCUCAAAGGCACCACAGUGGUAUAAAGAGGUGCAAUGAUCGUUACAGCUGUACGAAUGUAAAACAGGGCGUUGAUGCAAAUGAGCACGAAGUCAACCCUUCCUGCAUAAUCGUUACGCACAUGUGCUCUGGUUUCUUACAUGUUGAAGCAGUUUGGCUCAUUCUCUUACAGGUGCAGUCGGAUAAGCCCCGGGUCUCGUGAUCGCACACCGUGCUCGCUAGGAUAAACGUGGAUCUAUUGAUGUACAGCUGAUAGUGUGCUUAUGUCCGCGCACUUGGCACGGCUCACGCGAUGUGGCACAACAUGGCACGCAUAAAAAUGGGUCUGUUCGCUCUCCUAUGUCUCCCCACGUUCUUCUUCCGAGUCCUCGUGGUCUCCCACAGCAGCGCCAUCCACGAGAGGGCGGCGGUCCCUCGCGCUGUGUCCCGCUCCGUGGCCCGCAUGGACGGGGAUGUGAUCAUCGGCGCGCUCUUCUCCGUGCACCACCAACCGUCCGCGGAGAAGGUGGCAGAGCGAAAGUGUGGGGACGUCCGCGAGCAGUACGGCAUCCAAAGAGUGGAGGCGAUGUUCCACACAUUGGACAGGAUUAAUGCUGACCAGAAUCUGCUCCCGAACAUCAGCCUUGGUUGUGAGAUCCGGGACUCAUGCUGGCACUCCUCUGUGGCCCUGGAGCAAAGCAUAGAGUUCAUCCGGGACUCUCUCAUCUCUAUCCGGGAUGAUAAGGAUGGGUCCAAAUGGUGCAUUGAUGGGACUCCAUCCCAUCAGCCCCCACCCUCCAAAAAACCCAUUGCUGGUGUGAUCGGACCCGGAUCCAGCUCCGUGGCCAUCCAGGUGCAGAACCUGUUGCAGCUCUUCAACAUCCCACAGAUUGCCUACUCUGCCACCAGCAUCGAUCUGAGCGACAAGACCCUGUUCAAGUACUUCCUACGGGUGGUGCCCUCUGACACCCUGCAGGCCAGGGCCAUGCUGGACAUUGUCAAACGGUACAACUGGACCUAUGUAUCUGCGGUGCACACUGAGGGUGAGAAUAUAUAAAUUAAUCCCUCAUGAUGGCUGUGCCAACAGCCAUGUUGUAUGUUUGUCAUCAUUCAUUGUUUGAAAUCACCCAUGACAUCUCCAUGGGCAAUAAACAUGCCAUCAACAUCUGAGUUUGAGGAAAACAAAUAUUUUCUGUGAUAAUUUGUUUUUAUUGCUUCUGGCCCCUGAUGGGGAGAUUGAAACAGAUGUGUUUUUCUGAACCUCAAAUUUAAAGGUACUAAUGACCUUAACACAGGCCAUCUAAUUAACUGGUUUGAAAUUCACAUUCUCAACCAAUUCAAGGUGCAUUUCUGCUGCCUCAGGUUUGUCUACUUUAAAUGACCUGAAUGUCAAAGAAUAGCAGUCACUUUGUCUGCUGGUCUCUCUCCUGCUCUUUCCCCUCAGGCUUUUUACAGCAGGUAGUUGUAUAAUAAAAUUCCAUCAGUAAUUUUUAUGCAGUUGUCUGGAGUUAGGUGUUCUGUGGACAUUAAAGUUCUUAUUACCUCCGACACAUCAUAUGCAUCAUCCUGCCACUGUAUGUGCAACCUUACAUGGACUGUAAGUAGAGUAGUAUGUGGAGUAAGUAUUAUGUGAUCUUGAUCUUUUGUAUGCUGCCAUUCUUUCCCCCCUUCUUUGCUGCAUUUACAUUAUGUGUUUUAGAACAAAGCCUCACAUAAAUAUUGACCCCUUUGAGCUUUAUGUGAAUGCACCCACAAAUUCGGAUGAAUUCUAUUUAGACUGUAUGUGAUGGACCAGCACAGAAAAGUCCGUAAGUGUGAAGUGGGAGAAGAGUAUAUUUCACAGUGUUUAUAUAACUGACAAAUAGAAAAAUGAAAAGUUCUGAUGGCUUUGCUGUAAAAUCUCUGACUAAUACAGGCACAAAAAAUGUCUUCAGGUUAACCAGUGCACCCAACAGAUAUCUACUUUUUAACACCACUGUGUUUGUCGAUUAAACACCAAAUCUCUCAAAUAAGUGUUUUAUUUCAUAUGAGAGCCUAUUUCUAAGGAUAAAAAUGAAUUAUUAGCCUUAAAAAAACUCUUAAAUCAGCAUUUUGGAGCCAUUGCUUUGAGAUGACAUUUGCUGUUAUGAGGUAACAUGCCAAAUUUUGAGGUGAAAUUCUUAUAUAGAAGUCAUAACAUGAUUCAAAGUCAAAGUCAUCAGAUAGCAGUAUAUUAUUAUGAGAUCAAAUACCCAACGUUUUUUUUUUCCAGAAGAGAUACAUUGUAUGAGUUAACAAGUCAACACUAGAACAUCAUAUAUAUGAGAUUGAGAGUCAUUAUUAUGAGAUAAAACCAAAACUAUGGGGAAAAGAUUUCAAAUAUUUGAAUUAGAGCCAAUACCUAUGAUAUGAAGAGUCCAAAUUUUGAGAUUGUGAGAUAAAAAGUAGAAAUUAGGGUGUAUGAAUUGAAAUCAUGAGAUAGAAAAGUCAAAACUGUAAAAUAAAAGUUUAAAAUUAUUUUUUUAAAGAGACAAUUACACACAAAAAAAAAAAACAACAAAAAAAAAAACAGAAAAAGAUUCAGUGGAAAUAGUUUCACAAGACAAUAAGUCAGAAUUAUGUGCUGGGAGGCAUUUUGAUAUGUAAAAGUCUUUUAUUGGGAAACAAAAUGUAAAUUAUCAGAUAGCUACAACAGUAAGUCUUGUCAAGAUUAAACAAUAAAUGUUAAAUUAUGGGAUAAAAAGUGUGUACGAGAUUUAAAAAAAAAGUUUACAUUUUGAGGUGAUAAGACUGAAAUAUAAGAUUAAAACUGUGAAUACUUGAUGAGUCAAAACUAUGAGGCAAUAGUUUGAUGAUGUGAUAUAAAAGUCAUAACCAUGAGAUAAAAAGUCAUAAUCUUGAGAAAAGCUGUUUGUGAACUUUUUUCUGUCCUUUGCUAUUCGACAAACAGCAAAAAAGAGAGUAACUUAGUUAUCUAGACACAGUAACUAAUAAAGGUUAGGAUUUUUAAAUAAAAAUGGUGGUAAAACACAGCCUCUAAAGUGGGCCCAAAUUAUGACUGAUAGACUACAGUGCCCGGGAAUCUCCUCUGAGGAACGCUGGACUCUCAUGGAGUGUAAAACAUCUCUGGAAAGUCUAUUAUAGUCCGGUGCAAGAAGGGUACUUUUAUCUGACAGAUGAAAGGAGGGAAUUUGGGAGCUGUAGUACUUGGAGUAUUAACUAGGUGGCGUCAGCUGUCUGACCUUCAAUAAACCUGCAGGAGGAUCCUCAGGGAGUCAAGUCAUUAUUGAAGAGUAAUGAAAGACCAGCCAGGGGAGGGAUGGAUUUGAUCGCAGGCAACACUGUCACUCUAUAGGCUGCAAUUAGUAAUAAAAGUAAAAUGAGGUUCAAAGGCAGUUGAAAGUAGAGUUGUGCUUUUUUUCUCUUUCUUAUCUAUAAAAUCAACACAUAAACACACUAUGGGCACAGAUUUGAAACUACAAUUUUUUUAAACUCAGGCUCAAUACUGCAGUUUUUGAUGGAGUUACAUAUAAACCCACUUAUUUUCUUAUCUUCAGUUGAAUAAAUAUUAUCACGACUGGCUUAAGCUCAUGAGUUUCUUCUCUCCGCCACCCCAGGAAAGUAGAAUAAGGCAGCCUGUUCCCGUAGCAACAGCUAAGGCUGUGAAAUGAAGCAUAAAUUACCUGUCAUGAUUGUGAUCAGUCUGCUAGGAAUACUCUGAGCUGAUUUUUCUUUUUGGUGGUCAUUGUCAAAUAGGCCGUCAACUAAUGCACCACCACCCACCUGUCUGCAACCUGGAUGGAAAGAGCGAAAUAAUUGGAUAUCGUUAUUUCAAUUUAAUAGUCGAAGAAUAAAAUGAGGCUACUGAGAAAAAUAUUACUGAAAACUAUUGGAAGAGCAACACAUGGGCUUAUCAUGCACCUGGGUAAAUGCAAUGCAGCUGCUGUGGGGCCAAUUUCAGCUGCUGUUCCCCUCAGACUAAAAAGCCUUAACCCUGCAUCAGUCCCAGGGGUGUGCCCAGUGGGUGGCUUAUUGUGGCACAGGCCCCAUCCAAAAUCUGAAUGGCCACCAACAGCUAACUCAUUAUCUAAAUUUGCGCUUUGCUCUAGUCUCAGUCACAGGCAGAACAUUAGUUUAAUACAACAUUUUGCUGCAAAAGGCUGUAUGAUGGUAACUUGUGUAGCAUUUCAGAUCAGUCCUAAGCCUUUUGUUGGUACUUACAACUUAAGAUUUUCUUGCCACAGUGGCCACUCUGCUCUAUCAUCAAAAACAUGGUGACUGAAAUACUGGUAAUAUGUCAUGCUGCCUUGUUAGGUGUUGUAAGUUAUUAUCAUAUUUCAUAACUUAACACCCAUCAGGUUGAUCAGCAAACAUUAUGCAGUUUAAGAAAGAUGGAGAAAAAACAAACCCUAUUCACAAACCGAGCUGAUGUGCCACUGGCCAAAGUUGGGGAAUAGCUAGCUUUAAUUAUUAGACACAUUUUUACUACAAGUCAGCCUGGAAGUGUCUGAAUGCUAACAGCACCAAUCCAUACAAGUGUGUAAAUUCUUUGGUAGUAGGUUAGCCAGAAAACAGUUGAAUAGGGAGGUUAGCUAUGCCAAUGCAACACUUAAUAUGUUGUUUUUACAUGGAAUAUGACCCAGUGUCCCUACAAAUUUUCUGACAAAUUGUCUUCAUACAUGCAGGAGCAAUGAGAGGUGAGGAGAUGAAACUGAUUCUUCCCAGAUCACUCAUGCCUCCUGCGACCUUGAAUGAAGCAGUACAGAUAGCUUGACCUGGCUUGAUUUUCUGUCUGUUUAAAGGGGACCUGCCAUCAAAAUUUCAUACCCAUUUUUAUCAUUUUUUCAUAAUCCUUGAUGUCCUCUGAUCAUGUUUGCAACAUAAUUUUAGCUGAAAAGUUAUUUGAUGGUUUGUUUCAAACCAUUUUAGUAUGCCUAAAAAACCUUACAGGAAAACCAACUGAUUUUGGCUCAUUAACAUUUAUGGUAAUGAGCUUUGCUCUGAUUGGAUUGCUGCUGUGAAGCCUGCUGUGCUCUGAUUGGCUCAGCAGUGGAGGUUCGGAUUUCGGUUUAUACAAUUUGCUAAUGUGUGCUAAAGUAAGGUGCCCAGAUGUCAGUAAUGAUAUCCGGGGAUAUUCGGUGCGGCGGCUGCAGGGGCUGUGUGAUCACAGACAAAAUCUCGGUACUAUUUAGUAGCGGCGCAUGCCCCUUGUAAUAACCCCCUUAAAAACUGUUGUUCAGGACUGCUUACUUGUGCUUCCUACCUAUUCGGCUACUGUAAUAACCUUUGUUCGAGCCCACACGCAACAUUUUUGCUCUCAUUCAUGAAACGCUUAACUCGGGGACAUUUUCGGGGCUUUUGCCGGGGACAGGUCAUACGGGGACUGGCCCGGAAAUCGGGGAUGUCUGGUCACCUUAUGCUAAAGGCUAAAAAUGGCAGGUAUUAAACCAUAUAUUUUAGACCCCGAGUCCGAGGAGGAGGUGGAAGUUGAAGAAGAAGCCAGAGAUCUCCAGCGGUGUUUUCAUUCAUUCUGCCCAGCUUUAAGUUCAUUUUCCCGGUAGUGAACCCGAGGAAACGCCGGUUGUUUGGAAGAGACCCAUAGUGGAUACAGUGGUAGCUGGGUCUCGCUCUGGCUGGAGAGUGAUGUUGUUGACUGUGAAUGAGUACGAGAACGAGAGAGUGGGCGCGGCUCACCGAGGACGCACUCGUGAAUAAUAAUGAGCAAGGUCAGCGCGACGUCAGAGGGACCUGCUUUUUCAAUUGGCCUGGUUUACCCGUUCCUUUAUUUUAAACCUUUACAGAAUGCAAACGACGUAACGGUUUGUUUUCACAUUUACAACAUAAGACGAACAUAAUAUGGACCUUAUAUUACACAAAAAACAUACAAAAUUACAUUUUGAUGGCAGGUCCCCUUUAAGCAAGUGCUGGAGCUUAUUACAAUGGAGGUGUCUGUGACCAACGUGAACUCCACUUCCUUUUCUGUGACAAGGUCAUGGCAUUUUUAAAUAUGGCAGCUUCCAUCGUCAGGCUUCAAACCUGAAAGACGCCAGUGACUGAUGUUCAAGAGACUACAUUGGUGUUUUGUUGAUUCUGUGACUUUUUAAAUACUUAUAGGGAGUGUAAUAAGGAGAUGAGGUUUGUGGCAGUUUUGGUGCAUGUGAACGAUGCAAAUAUUUUAUUAUUGAUUUCCUUUACCUUAACUCCAAACAUGAACUCGUAAAAAAAAUUAUAAAACGACUUCACUGUUUAAGUGCACAUUUCGUCCCGUUCUCACAAUAGAAAUAUCCUUGGUUUGAUAAUACAAGAGGCAUCAGUAUUAAUUUGAUUCUGUUUCAUAACAAAUUUUCCAAGCUGGUAUCGUGGUAACACCCCCCCCCCCCUCCAAAUAUGUUCAAGCAUGCACAAAUGAUUGGAUUGUCUGUGUAAUCCAGCUCUCAUGCUAAAGAGCUGCAGGCUUUACCAACAAUCCUGAUCGUGACACAUUAGACAAGCUGCUGAAGCCUGAGUGGAAAUUGAAGAUUUAGACUCAAACAGCUUUACCAAGGCUUUUGACUGGGAUGGUGCAUGUGCAGUUAAAACAAGGAUCACUAUCUUCUUUACCCCUCUUGUAGCUUUGAUUGCAAUCAGUGGCAAGGAAACUCUCUCUGUGAAACUCAUUAUCAGAGGAUCAGCUUGGUCUUUACUUCACACACUGAGCCAGCACUGUGUGCUCACAGAAUAACAUUGAUUGUGCAUCCGAGUAAUGAUUACAAAUGUAUGGUUGAGAGUAAUGUCUGUUGUUUCAAUACUCACAAUCAGUGGAAAUGCAAAAUAAAAAUGAUUAUCUGUGUCAACACAGACUUGUUUAAUUCAAUUUAAUUCAAUUUAUUUAGGAUAGCCCCUUGAGAUAGCCUGGCUGGGCCACCCAGUUGCGUGAAUCACUUGCCGUUCCUUCCUUGUUGUGGGAAGGAACGGCAAGUGAUUUAAGCAACUGUAUGGCCCAGCCAGGCUACCCUUGAGAUGCAGCGUCUCGUUUUUGAGGGGGCCAGAUAAUAAAAACACAUUUCACAUAGAGGGUUUGAUUUUGACAUCAAAUAAUCCCUAUUUUAAAACUUAUAUCUUGACACUUGCAGGAAACUACGGGGAAAGUGGCAUGGAGGCUUUCAAGGAGCUGGCCUCCCUGGAAGGUUUAUGCAUCGCCCACUCAGACAAGAUCUACAGCAACGCGGGGGAGAAGCACUACGAUCGCCUUUUGAGGAAACUUCGGGAACGUCUUCCCAAAGCUCGGGUUGUGGUGUGUUUCUGCGAGGGCAUGACUGUCCGAGGUCUCCUGAUGGCCAUGAGGAGACUUGGAGUGUUUGGGGAGUUCUUGCUCAUAGGCAGGUAUGGAGAUGUACGUAUGAGCGUGUGUCUGUGCUUGAACUAUUGACUACAGAUAAAAACAGAUCACUAUACAAAAGUGUUGUCAAAAUACCCCCUGAAGUGGCUGCUGACACAUUGCACAAGUGACAUUUUUGGGGCUAGAGCCUGUGUGGUAGGAUUUGGCUGGUGGGGCUGCAGUAUUGAUGUCCUGCUGACCAGAAUACACAUAUAACCCACCAAUAUAAUGGCAAUGAUCCCUCUGUAGUAUAACAGCUUCUUGUCUUUGCAUCUCGAUUAUGGAGUGUUUAAGGACAUUUCUGUCAGUGAUUGUUAUGCUUUCUCUCAUUAUUCUUCCCCCAGACUUCAAAUUUGUUGCACACAGCACUGCAGGAUUAUCAUUUGUCAAAAGAGCUGUCAAUCAUCUCAUUAUGCCUGAUUUCUACACCAUUUAACAACUGUUGUGGAAAAUGUAUGUAGGAUGCAGCAAAAUCAAGGCUCAAGGAGACAGAAGAGCAGUCUGGGCGACUUUACUGUACAGACCAAUAAAAAAUAAACUCUGAAAAAAAAUUAACACUUGUACACAAAUAAGCUUGAUGAGAACUCAUUAUAAAGAUGAACCAUGAUUGAGAAAAAUAUAUAUGAAUUGUAUUUGAAUAUCAAACUGUCCCAGAUUUCCCAUCUGUCAACAUGGAUGAGGCAGGCUUUAUGUCCUCUUAUGCAGUUAGUUAGUAAAGGGAGCUCCAUACGGUUUUAAUGCUGAGUUAAGAGCAUCUCUCUUGAUGGCAGGGAAUUGGUUAACAGGCUAGAAGGCUGACAGAUGCUGUAUUGUCUUCCUGAUGUGCAUAUCACCACGGCAACCAGUAGAAUUAGACCACAUACCAAUAGCAGUGAAUAGAGAUGUUCUCCAGCAAUAAAUAAUAGUUGUUUCUGUCACAGAGACAAAACUAGAGAGGGAAACAAUGCCUGUAGUCCAGCCUCUCUCUCUCUCUCUCUCUCUUUGGCUCUGUCAUUUGAAUUUCGUUCAAGGUAGUGGCAGUCAUUUUCUAUUUAGUGGUAGAAAAAGCACCCACAUAUUCAUCUGAUGAAGAAUAUAUUAACUCCUUCCUCCACCACAUCUCUGUCCUUUUAUUUUUCUUCUCUUCCUCUCUUUCUUUGAAUGAACUGUAAGUCAGAGUUGAGUGACAGUGACUGGCUCUGGAUAUAAUCUCAGUCAAUAAUACGUCUCAUACACUUCCACGGUAGCACAUUACAACACUGAACAGCCCCUUAGGAGUGUUCACACUUGUCAGUGAAGAGCUACAGCAAUCUUGACGCUACGUCUCAGUUCAUUCAUGAAAAAUUGUUCUAGCAAAGUUUUUUUUGGCCUGUUGUAAGGCAGCUGUCAGCUAACAUGAGGAGGGAAUUAAUAAGACAGCGAAAGAUGGCCCAGGCUUUGGCAGGAUCCGUUGGAGAUUUGCUGAACAUUGCAUGAGAACAGCUCAAAUUCUGAGCCAUCAGCCUCUAACAAGAACAUCUAAGAAAGGAGAACAGCAGAUGAAUGUCUAUCUGUGCUGUUGAUGCACAUUUAAAAUACUGUAGCUCAAUUUGACUUGUAAAAGUCAGACAUUCAAGCGCAUUUCAACAUCACUGCUAACAUCAGUUGUGUGCUUUUUGACUAGAUAUGGAGAUGUUUCAGUAAACCAUCAGGAAAAUUGUGCCUUGAAUGAGUGAGACAGAAGUUUUCCAUUCCAUGUUCAGAUGAUGAGUAAAGACUGACUCUCAAACAUUUACAGUGGUUCAGAUGCAUUUUUUUUUUAAUUAAACCUUACUUUAUUGUUCCCUCAGGGCAAUUUGCUUUGCAUCCAGGUAAAACUAAGGAACAUAGAGAUCUUAAGAACACACACUCAGAUACAGAAAUCCCAGAGAUAAACCUGCAUAUCUGCAUUUCCCAGUGUCAGAAGGUAUACAGGAGCUCAAACUUUGCUUACAAAGGAUGAUCAGGACACUGGAUGAUGCUCUUAGCUUACUCAAUCUACAUCCUUUGAUUUUGCUGACUUGCUGCCCACUCCAGACCUGUUCUGGAGGAAGUCUGGAGUAAUCACUGCUCUAAAAUCUGUAUCUUUAUCAAACAACAGUUGGCUAAAAAGCAUCCGGUAAGCAUGUUGGUUUAAAUUUUACUUUUGAUGUAAGCUAAUAAAGUUAUUAUUUUGUGCAAAUGCAGCAGGGGCAGUGGAUUCUCUGUCUUUCAAUUUGUUAUUCACGGAAUACCAUAGUUUACCAGAAAUUUGCCUUUUGAUUGUGUGACACCGUGACCAUCCUCAGCUUGGCCAAGUUUAGGGUACUUCUCAUAAUGUGUUGAUAAAUUAGAAGCUACACUAAGAAACUAAAUUAGAUUAGAUUAGAUUUUUCUUUAUUCAUCCCUCAGUGGGGAAUCUGUUCUUUCCCUUAAGCUUGAAAAAGUGAUUCUUCUGUGUCAUGAAGCUCAAAUGCUAUAUAAAACUAUCAAAAUAUCUACUAUACAGCAUUUAGUGGCUUGUUUUCACCAUGGCACUGAGCUCUGCCUUUUCUGUCCUAGUUUAUCCAACAAACAAAACACAGAUGCUACAAAUUCUGUUGAGAGCACUAAAUGUGUUUUUAGCAGUUGAAUACAGUCACCACCAACAAUCAUUUACAUGCUUGAGAGUCAAUGCUGCUUCAAACUACAUAGUGUCAAUGUUUUAGGAAUCUACAAGGCCUUUUUGAUGACUGUAUACUCACUAGUUUCCAAAUUCAUCAACAUUGUGUUGAUUUUGGUCUUUUUAUGUAAAUCUUUGACUCAGAAAACUGCAGAAGAAAUCAGCAUCUUGUUGAGCAGCUACAAAUUUAAGUUAGGACGCCUUGUCAUGGCAGAUAUUUUUUGUCACACCCUUAAUCAUUCUUUGUUUUUACCCACAUUCAUGACACUUCUCUCUGGACAUACACUGAGGGAGUCAUUUCUUGUUGUCACUGUUAUACUUGAAGAAGCUUUUCUUUUGUCCCUGUGAUAUCUCUAUGUUGUCAAAACAAAGUGAAGUCAAGCUCUGCUCUUACCAGCCUCUGUUCAUGUUGUAUGUAUUAUAUUUAUGCAAACUGGCAUAUUUAAGUUCUCAGCAGGGGAAGGCUUUUCAGAUGCAGAACCUUUCUCUUAAAUUAUUCAUUAUAAUGACACUCUUGAGCUGCAGUCCUUCCCUCACAUCUCUUUUUCUCUUUCCUCCAUAGGAGACAGAAAAAUGGCUCUUUUUUUAGCUUUUGUGGAAGCCUCCAUGGGCAGAAGGAGAAAUGGUUCUGGGUCAGGGAGAGAAGCAGAGGAGGUAGAGGGACAGAGUGUGUAAAAAUGUCUAGGCUGGUAUAGAUGCCAAGCCCUGUCUGUGUUUUCUUGGCAUGUAGGGCUAAAUGAAGCUGGCAGGCCUCAUCAAAAGGAAGUUUGUUUUCUUAAUUUUUGGUUUGAUGUCUACAGCACCUGUCAUAAAAUAAUGCAAGGGGUUGGGUUGUGCAGAUACAGAAAAAUGGCAAACCUACUGUUUUUGUCUGAUUUUGCUGCUGUCUUUGCAUUGCUUGCAGACAAAACAAGAAGCUUAUUUUUGCUGUUGAAUGUCCCAAGACCCUCUGUGAAUGACCUGCACAGCACAGAUUGCAGCACAAUACAGGAUACAGAAUAAUAGAAUAUGCAAAAACCAACACCAGUGUAGGCACAGAGAAGUUUGCAGUCUGUCUUUAUCAUAAAAAUCUGUUAUGUACAAAAUGGUAAAACCAAAAAUCAUUGUGGCUAAAAUCAUGUAGGAAGCAAAAAUCAGACAGGUAAAAAAAACUAUAUAUAUUUUUUUAACCUUUCUCUAGUUUAAUAGUUGGUUGUGACUCAUAGUCGUUUUUUUUUGUUUUUUUUCUCCCCAACAUCAAAUUAGAACGUCCCUUUAAGACUAUAGUGUAGUUAUUUAAAUGUCAAAGCACAUCAUCAGAAUCCAUCAUGUAUUGCUAUCAACCAACAGUGUUUACCAUAUACCUGUUUCAAAAUGUGUCUUUGAAUUAUGGGACCACUGAUAGUUUUUUAUGAUCAUUUAGGAGAAUACUCAAGAGUCAGCAGAGUUUCCACCAGAAAACAGAAGGUGCAUCACUGUUUGUCUUUUAUAUCUGCCUUUCUUUAACACACAUAAACAAAACUACACAGAACAUAGUGAGCUGUACACAGAAAAGAUUCAAGAGUGUUGUUUUUUUUCCACAAGAUCUCAUGCAGCUGAUCAACAACUCUACAAUAGCAGAUGAAAUGUUGAUGCAGAAGUGCCUGCGUAAAGUAAGAGUAGUGCAGUUGAGAGUUUUGAAUCAGAGGGCUUUUGUUUGCCCUACUCGGCUAACCUGCUCUCCAGACAAGGGCCAGGUGUGGCAGCGGGCUCGACCCACUUUAUCCCUGACCUGCAGACUCCACUCUGCAUCACUUCAACAAUUUACUCCCACUCUGCUGGGCUAUUGUCAGGCAAAGGGGCUCUUGUCUUUCUCUGAGCAAUGUCAAUCAUGAUUAAGCCAGUCAGCUGCUUCUGUAACUGCAUGUUUAUGCACAUUAAUACAUGGUGGGGACAUUUUUCCUGAACAUGCACUCCUCAGCAGACACAUGUUGCAAAAGGCUUUGAAUCAAACAAUGUUGAAGAAUCCUGCAGUUGGCUGGAAGAAGCUGGAUAGAGGUGGGCUUGGUUCAACAUGCCUGUCCACAUACUGUAUCAAGUGCAAAAAAGCAGGUGGACCAAAAGACAUGAAAAUAAGGAUAAAUAGUGUAGUAGGGAGAUAAGAACGCUAAGAAAAGUUUGUUGUGGUUCCUGUUGUUCUUUAAUCAUUAAUCAAGUUAAAGGAUGCUUCUUAUUGGGUUGAAAAUUCCAUCCCUUUCCUCAGAUCUCUGAAUAAAAACAUCAGACAGAAUUUCUGGAGAGAUUUUACAGAGACAAGUUGGAACAGAGAGACCCAACUUCGAAUCUAUUGCUGCCCUGCCUCUUGUUUGUGUUUUGGUUGUUUGUGUCUUUAGUUGUCCUGUUGAUUUGUUCUUUAGUUGCCUCUUGGUGGAUUAUUUAGGUCUUUGUCUUUGGUUAAUUAAUCACAUGUUAAACUUUUGAAGCUGUUUUGCUGUUUGUAAUGGAUCAGUGUGUGAUAAGCCCCAUAGGGCCGACUUUGGGAUGGGUGUAACACUAGUUUUAGCAAUGAUUUGUAGUUAAUUGUAGAGUAUAGAAUAUAGAAUAUAAUAUCACUAGAAAACACUACUGAAUAUGAAAGAUGGAAUUCGGAUUCAAUGCUCUUCUCUCUUAAAAGCUUUGAAAGCCUUGGAUCAACAACAUUGUUUUAAAAAAAGUCUUAAAUUUGAUAUAUACAAGAAGAAAAAUAAGUAUGUACCAAUUCCACGACACACAGACCUGUCCAGAACAAACUAGCACAUCAACUCCUCCUAAGGUGUCUUUGGAGUUGCUCACAAAAAGGCAAAAUCAUUGUUCCACUUUAUUCUCAGGGAGUCCUUUUCUUUCGCAGAAUAAAGCGACUUGACUGCCUGGGGGAAGUGUUUGGUCUUAACUUCACCAGAGAGACCAGAAAGUUGUCUGACUUUAUACCGCAUUCAUAAAACCAAUCAAUAAUUUAUUUUACCAAUGUGUGUGUGGAAUGUUGUAAUCCUGUGAUACAAGAACAAGAGGGAACACUGUGUGCUGCAUACUGUAGGGUGCACUUGAUGCUGUAAAAUGGCUUCAGAUUACUCGCCUUUUAUUUGCCCACAGAAAGCAUUACUCACACAUACAAAAUGACUCCCAGGAGGCAGCUCCAGUUAUUAUUACAGAUCCACUGGUGGCAUGUUGCUGUUUCUAAGCUUUGACCGGUGCUUUGAGCUGAAGCUGUGGCUCUAUUUAUAGCUUUUGUUUGUCCAGAUAAUCUACCUCUGCAACAAAUAAUGUUGCACUGUGCAAAAAAGGAUUUCAGAAAUCCAGGCCCUGAUAUUUAGCCUUCAUUUUAUUUUAGUUACAUUAAAAACCAAUUUCAUUGUGUUUUACUACUAACAGUGUAAAAAAUGAUGUAACAGAUCCACUUGGCAAAAAAAGACUGCACCUAGCAACUGCUCUCUGAUUCAAACUGCACAUUAUUCACAAUCCAGGAUGUCCAGAGGAAGUCUUUUCUCACUUAGAAGUUCUCAAAGUUUUCUGAAAUUUGCUAACAACUUAAAGGAACUGUGAGGAACUAUUGGGGUUUUUAAUCAAUUUUUACUCUCAUCUCUUUGCUGAUUUUGUCCUCUGACAGCGUAAGGAUAUGCUUAUGUUAUACAAAUUGAGGCCAAUUUUAAACUAUUUUUUGAGUUGAAUGACUUGUUUUGAAGUCUGGCCUCUUUUAGGUCACAUAGUGGCAUUGGUACCAAUUUUAGUCUUUUCGACAAAAAAACUCAUCACAGGAGCUGUACAAUCAGUGCACAAGGAAAAUGAAGAAUUUAGUCUACAAUGAGUCAGCUGUUUCACUCACCUGGUUCAAUAAGCGAAGCUCCAGAACAAAAUGAAAAGAAAGUGCAGUAUUCUCUUUCUGCUGUUUCUGAGCCAUGGGGGAUCAAUACCCACACUGAAAACUCAACAAGUCAUCCAAAAUGUGGUUUCUGUCACUUUUUUUUUAACGGAUUUGUGAAUGUAUUUGUUGAAGUAUACCAGACACAGCGGCUGCUGGACCAAAACGUCACUAUUUCAGUGUUGACAAAAAAAGCAUUUUAAGGUGAGAGAAUGGCAGAUUCUUUUUAGUUUCCAAGGCCAAGCCAAUCAAAAAGAUAAACAGACGCUGGUGCAGUUUUUUUCAAUUCAUAAACUGGAGGCUUGAUUUGUUAGGUGUGCAUAUGGCAGAAUGGCUACUAAGCUUCCAUCAAACACCAUUUUACUGUCCUGCAUGAUAAGCUGAGUAUUACUGUAAAUUUCUGAGUCCACCUACUCAGUUAUAUAAGAAACAGCCAUGGAAUCAUUCCUGCAGCUCCGACAAGCUUGAUGUACAUCUACUGUACUGUCUUUUCUUUAAGAGUGAUUUUUUCCAGUGCUGUGCGGACUUUGUGAAUGGCAGCGUGGAGUGAACCCACCCAUUAGCCCGCCUGCAUGCUCUCCAUGCAAUUAGCACCGUUUGCUCUUUCUCUCUGUCUAAUGCUGCUUGAAUUCUGUUAUUACCAAACAUAAUUUGCAUAAGCUGCUGUACCGCAUGUAACGCUCAUUCCUGCUACUGUCUUACACACAUUUUUGGUUGAGGUCCCAUUUAAAAUUCUUGGUUCAUGUUUUCUUUUUAUUUAAUGAGACAUAGUGGACACAGAGACAGGAGCGGGGAUGUUCUGCCACUGUAAUUGCUUGGACCCGCUUAUUAGCUGGGCAUGGGUCCAUCUUUUGAGGCUGCAAAGAAAGAAAAAAUUUCUGCAAGCCUAUCUUGUGUCUUACAUGCGCUUCCAUAUUUUGGUGUUGUAUUGGAUUUCCUGUAGCAGGGGGGGGGACUCAGGUUUUGCGCCCACCUUGAAAAAAUGAGACUAUCAGGGGGAUAAAAAGAGAGAAAAAAGGAAGCGUUGUGGCGUAACACAUUUAUCUGCCUUUUUCCAGUCUCUAAAGCUUUCAUCCCCUCCCCAUCGCAGGAAAAGCAGUGCGGAGGAUGUGGAAUUCUGCCUAUUGACUUCUUGUUGGUGUAAUUUGGCAAAUAGCGGGGAAUGAGUAAAGAAGGCACUUCUCUCUGGUAAUACCGCCAAGAUAAAAGGGUAUCUUUCUCAUCCAGAACUGCAGAUGUACAAAGGGUGAAAGCUGAAUUUGGUUGCUUGCUUUGGCUUGAUCCAUCCUUCAUGAAUUUGUCUGAAUAAAAUGUUGAAGAAUUUAUUCAGAUUAUGAAAGCUGUUUAGAUCAUUAGAUGAAGGAAAUUCAUUGAUGCUUGGGGUCUUUUUAUUUUAUUUUUGUAGCUUCAUUACUAUUGUAAGGUUUACUGAAAGGGUUUUAAGUAUGCAGAAGAGAAAGAAAGGGGGGUAUUAUGCCUUCAUACUGCAGAUGUAUUUAGCCUGAACUCAAAUCCACUUUCUGAUCCUCUACCCCCCCCCACACCCCCCCCACCCCAGCCUAUUUUGAAAUAUCAGAGGCAUUUUCCCACAUCCUACAACUUGCUUCUUUCCUCUUCAAAUAUCUGUUUUCUCUAGGGCAACAUAGUGAUUAACAAAGAUAUUACGAGUAUAAGGAGGAUAAAAGGUAAGCAUGAAGGGUGGGCUGUAGAAACAGUUCUGUUCAUUUUCAAGUUUGCUGAGAGUUUACCAAGUCAAAUCAUGCCUGUUUUAAACUUUAAAUUAAUGUUUGGAACAGCUCAGGAUUUAUUGUUGUACUAGAAUAAAAAGGCUUGUAUGCUGUUGCUGCUACAGUCACCAUGGAGAUUAUGUUUGGGCUCAUGACAGAGUUGGUAUGAUCGUCUCACUGUAGAUCUGUCACUCAGUCUGUCAGCAGGGCUCUAAACAACAAUCGUCUCCUCUCUGCAAAUAUGGCUGACAUCUGAAAAAUUUCUUCCAGCAACAACAGCAACAAAGGUUGUAAUUAUAAGAUAAGCACACAGUGUCUGUGUUCAUUCAGUAAUGGCAGCCUGCUUGUACACACAUGGAGAAUACAUGGAGUUGGGUCAGGAUCCAUGAUUGCAGAUGUUUGUGUUCCAGCGAGCACAACAAGCACAAUGAGCUGCAUCUGAAUAUUAAUAAUGAGCCUCUGAUGUUAACUGAAAGCAGCCACACAUUGUCAAGGACAUCUCUCUAUUUCCAAUUGAUGCCUUGUGUUCCCCUGUGUGAGGGGAUGGCUGAAUGACAUUGGAAUUACCAAAAAUAGCAUGCAGACUUUACAUCUGGACAUAGUUGUCACAAGGUGAUUUGCACAGGCUGAAAAGAAUUCUUGUAUGCAUAGCUAGCGUAGGAGCAAAGUAGAUGGAUGAAACAUGUAAACAGAUAUGGGAAGAUGGAACCAAAGUAGUCAGCAUGUCAUAUACCAGCAGGGUCUUGCUCAGAAAAUAAUUGGAUAAAUAACUACAACCUGAAACAGAUGAAAAGGAAAAGACUGAGCAAAUCGUUUCGUUUCAGAAAAUUUAAGAAACCAAAAACUCCAAAAGAGCAUGUAGUUUUGGUUCCUUAAAUAUGCAUACUAAAAAGAGAUGUUUUAGUCAUUUUAAAGUGUGGUUGCUUGAUUUACAUUUCAGUUUGUGUACAAGCCUAAUUUUACUUGCACUGUCAAAACUGGUUAUUUUUCAGUUUGGUUGUAGUUUUGUAGCUUGGACGCACAUCAACAGGUCCACAGCAGGUGGGAGAACACAGGUGUGUUGUGUCUGCUAAGCCUUAAAAACAUCUCAGUAUAAACUUUAAUUGCGUAAACUUCAAUAACUUGUCUUUGUGGUGUACUGGACCACAUCUGCAGGACACCGUAGCUAAGCUCACAUAGCUCAUAAAUCCAGCCUGUCCCAUUUUAACGAAUAGAAAAUACUUCAAACUCCAAAGUAGUAUUAGACCAUGUCCUCUCUAAAAACGAGCUAGCUUGGGGGGCUUGUGGCUCAGCAGUUAACCACCAAUGCAUAUAGGCUAUAGUGCUUGUUGCAGUGGCCACUGGCUUGAUUUCGUCUGUGUUCCUUUGCUGUAUGUCUUCUCCUUCCCCUAUCCUGAACCAAAUUUCUUGUCUCCUUCAGCUGUCUGACCUAGCAAAGGCAAUUUUUUUUGAAAGUCCUGUUUUUUUGUUUGUUUUGUUUAAUUUCUAACAAAGUUUGAAUCAAGAAGCACAGUAAAUCUUAUUUCAGUAUAUUUUACCAACUAAACAAUGAGCCAUAAAGCAGAACGACUCCAAAUACAUCAGCUUACAAAAGUAAAAAUUUUUAUGAAGAAUGUGUAUCAUAGGGAAUGCUUUGAAACCCAGAAAACAGCAUUAAACAAGUAACCCACAUUCAGCUAAACACAUUUCAUCUCUGUUUUAUGGCUGUGAAUGACUGAGGCUUCAGCCAAAACGCCACAGAGCAACAUUCAGCCUACAUAUUUGUAACUUCACAGUUGUUAAAAGUACAAUAAACAUUCAGAAAACCUGGCUGAAAGCGUUCAACUCUUAUACACAUAUAUGCGAGCUGAUAUUUACUGUGAAGAUUAUGGCUACAAGAACAUCAACAAAAAUGUCACCCCCCUAUCUCUGAGUAUUAGUAAUUAGUACCUAGUCAUUUAUAAUCUUGCCAUUUUAGGGCUUUAUUGUCUUUGUUUUGCUAGGACAGCUUAAGAGAGAUGGGAUACCAGGAGAGAUUUUGGGUGAACUACUGUAUGAACACCAAAUCCUGUUGGGCAGAAGUUAGUCCUGCUAUCAAUCUGACUUGGACUACAGCUUUUGAACAUGGGGUCAGCAGGCUGACCAGCUGAACCUUCAAUCCUGUCAUCCAUCACUCACUACUGAAACUGCGAUCAAAGUCUUUGCUUUGUAAUUAACUGACAUCCCUUGGUACUAAAAAGCAAAGAGGUUUUCCCCCCAGUCAAUUCUUCCUGUCAAUGUAGAGGAGACUGAUCUCCCAACUCAAACUGGGGCAUGAUGAAUAAGUAAAAGCAGCUUGGAAGGGCUUUUAAAGACUCCCCAGCUCACUCGGGUCCUGUGUGUCACCUUAGAAGAGCCCUGCUGCUGCCGCCAUGGAGCUAACAAGUCGCUCACAGAAUUAAGAGAUGUAGAGGAGAAUGGGGAAGCAGGUAGGAAAAGAUGAAAGCAGGGAGUAUGGGAGAUGGAGCUUUAGUGUUCAUCCGAGGAGAGAAGCCUGUGUUUGAACAUUUCUUCACUGCUGGAGAAAACUUGGAUCACCACUAAUUAAGAGAACUAAUGAUACAGUAUGGAGAUAUGUCUUGAGCAGAAAACAAGAACUGUCCCUACAAUCUGCAGCUGAGUUUUAUUAAAAAGAAAACAUGCAGUUUCUGUGUGCUGCACCUGUCCACGCUUCCUUCAGCGCAAGCCAUGCCGAUCCCUGUCUCUCUGGAAGAGGGGGUCGUGACUUGCGCUACAGUACAUGUACUACACAAAGUGCUAGGUAUGGCUGCAGAAGCGCUGUGGUCCAGCCGUACCAGUUUGAUCCAGAGUCUGACCCAUAAGGAAAGGCUCUUCAAGAAAUUUAAACUCUGUGGCUGCAGAAGGACAUUUCUGGAUGGUUAGUUACAAAUAUUAUGUGUCUCAAUGGCAGUGGCCAUUGCCUUCAGACUGCAAGGGAAGCUCAGCUUCCCCUAAAAUGUAAAAAAAAAAAAAAAACAAAGUGGUGAAAUAUGUAAUGCUGUGUGUACAUUUAAUUGACUAAAUAUGCGCUAGAACACGUUCAUCUUUUGUUCAGAAUCAGCAGAAUCUCAUUCAUCCCUGCAGCGCCACAGUGUUCUACAUUGUUGAACCAUAGACUGUAUAUAGAAUGGACACUGUCUGCCUCCUCGCUGGGUAAAGCUACUCAGGUGACGGGUUGCAGUGUAGGUCAUAAAUCCUGCCUUCGCCAGCCAUCCUUAUGGAGCUGUGGACAAACUUUAGAAAUUUAUUUCACAGAAUAUAAUUUUUCUCCCCCCCCUGCCUGGGAUGUUGACAUGAAGUUACUGUAAGACUGGUUUUUGCUUAAGUCCUCUUUUUUCUGUACAGGUCCAUUUUAAAUUAGGGGAUUCACGUUUUCUUUGAUUGACACUUGAUAUAGCCUAUGGGCGUACAAUUGCGUAGCUCACCCUGGGGAUAAGCUGUUUGAGCCGAGCGUCAUAACAGCGACUCUCGGUGACUCUCCUAGUACCAAGUAAUACAAUGCUACUGCGCAUGUGGUGGAGUGCAUACAAUGCUACUGUGCAAUGCUGGUUUCAGAAAGAAAGUGGAGAAAAAAUGCAGAAUUACCCAGAGAUUUUGGGCUUCAAAUCUGUAUACUGGCGAAAGGCGGAACCAAGUUGUCCAUAGUAUAUACAGUCUAUGGGCUCUAUUUUCAUGCCUCGCCGGCGACGCGGCGCAUGCGGGGCGUAAAUCAGGUCCGCUGCGCCGACAAGGCGUUCCCAAGCACAAUUUAGUAUUUUGGUGAGCGUUGCAGCCCGGCGUAAGUAUCCCCCCUCCCUAACUCAGCUCCUCCCAGCGGCGUAUGUAGUAGCGAGGGAGGAGAGAGGGCGUGGAGUGGGUUGAACACAGCCGAGACCUGUAUUCACUAAUAACAUCACCUCCUCUCCUCGCCUUUAAAUCCGCCACCAGCGAGGCGUAUUACUAAUUUCGUGAAGUCGUCAAAGAGAUCAAGAGAUGUCUGAAGACAGCAAUGCCACACGAUGGCGACAGAAGGCAGCUCCUCAACAAGUGUCACUGUAAGCGCUGCAGAAGGCUUCCUUCAAACUCUUUCACAUGAGCACAGAUGGAUUUGGUGUGUGUAAUGUUGGACCCACUAGUAAGACAAACACCCUUUUCAACAAAUAAAGACACUCACAUAAAGUUGCACAUAUUCAAACCUCACGUGACAAAGGUGGGUUGUGUGCAGAGAUCACAUCAUAAAUUCCAAAAAUGGCACUAAAAUCGGAACCAUCUGUGCGUAAUGACGCAUCGCGCUCCGUGGCCUGGCUCUUUCUUUCAUAGAUAUUGGCAUAUAAAAGAAAUUUGGCUCACAAAACUGAAUAUUAUAAUAUUCGUAUGUAGGCUUAAGGAAAUAAAUCAUCUGAAUACUGAAACAAAUCAUCUGUUCAGCCAAUGCAGCAGCAGCUGCAGCAGGACGGGGAGAAGACACAGAGACAUGUCCAGGUCGAGCUGCGCAAGAAAUAAGAGGAAGAGGAAGAAAGAAAAGGAGGGAGAGGAAUUACAUGUCUUGUUAACUUCAUCAUGUGUGUCUGUUUACUAGAUAUUUUAUUUAAUUUAAUGCGGUUUAAGCUGUGUUGAUUCGGUCAGGUUGUGUGUCCAAACGCGUGCCAAACGCGCUCAUCAGAUAAGAUAUAGAUCAGAAUAUAUCUAUAUAGAUCUAAGUGUAUGUGCUGACUCAGAUUGUUAGUUGUUGAUGAUUAUUUAUUGCACUGAAAUGUGCCUGACACUGUGGAAACCUGCCAGUGAGGCAUCGGUGACGUAUGCCGAUACGCCGCAGGUGUACCAAAAUACCACUAGACAAGCUGCGCUGAAAUCUGACCAGGUUUGAAUUGGCGAGCUUUCAGCGCACUUUAUACGCCACCAGCAAGCACGAAAAUGUCACUGCGCCAGCUGAUUCUGUCGACACCUCCCCCUGCCACGCCGCCCUGCCCAGCUUGGCGUAUCUUGGUGCACCUCAGUCCACGAAAAUACCAAACUAGCUGUACGCCGGGCUCUGCCAGACGAAAAUACAACUGCGCAGGGUCCGCCACCCUCCGCUGCGUCCCCGGCGUACACGAAAAUAGAGCCCUAUGAGUUAGACACUGAGCGUCUGCUGACAUAAAUGGGGAUGUGUAGAGUGGGUUUUUUGCACUGUGCAGAACUUUUCAUUUUCAUCAAAUAAAUGCUGGGCUGUGUCCCGCCCAUCGGACGCUCAGCGUCUCUGGGGGUCUAUGGGGCAGUGGGCUACCCCAGAUGCUCGGCUUCAGCAUGAUGAUUGGAUGAUCUGUCUGAGGUGGAAUCCAUUUUUGAUUGACAGUGAAAUGAGUGAAUCAGGGAUCUUAAAGUGUAAAGAGUUUUUCAUUCCAUUGUUCUGAACUGAUCUGAGACUUUACCGAUCACCAGCUACUUUGUCUUUGUUAAAAAAGAACUAGCGUUGUGUGUGGCAACUCUCUUCCGUCACGACAGGGUCACAGAUUACUUCCUUGAAAAGGAACGGAAUGUAGAAUUUACAUAUAAAUAAACAAACACAUGUAUGAUGUAGGCCGGGGAAAAAAUGAGCUUCCCCUCCUUGAAAGACCAGCAGCUGCCACUGGUUCGUAGACAGGCUAGGGCUGCAUAUUGUUAGAAAACCAUUCUAAAGUGAAUUUUGCAUAAUGCGGGACCUUUAAAAGUCAAACAUAAUUUUAAGUAGCCUAAGUACUGCAGCCUGCUUAAUAUGUGAGCCUUGCUUAUGCAUCGGUUGGAACAGUAAUUCCCGCUUUUAGUUAAUGAGUUUCAUGCUUUUUCUGUCUCUUGAGUGUCAUGAGCCUUAUUGAUUUGGUGGCUUUCUAUGCAGUUAAAGGGCAGUUAAAUUGCUGUAGUGUCAUGAUAUUGCCUGGACGUUGUAGUCUGGCUAACAUUUCAUUUGUUUUAUGCUUAGAUCCAUCUUAUCCUCGAUUUUUUGAUCUUGGUAUGGCAAAAUACCAUAGAUUAAAAAGUUGUUUCACAAAAUGACCCACUUUUGACACUCUCUUGUGUUUAUUCUUUUGUCCGGCUCUGAUGAAAUAUAAAAUCCUGGCUGUAAUUAUUGUUUGGCAUUACUUCAAACCUUUACUUUUCUGUGACAUUAUCAGGCAGUCACAUUAACCAAGAUGUAGCUUAAAGUUGAUGUUUCCUGCUGUCUGACAGGAGCACAUAGUUAAUAGAUUAGUUGUUUUGCCUCAUGAUGUCCUUAACAGCCCACCUUAGAUUGUACAGAUGGAAGAGUUGUUUCUCAGUUGUUUUCUGGCCUUAAUUAACUGGGUUGUACUCAGGAAAACAUUAUAUGCAUGACAUGACCUUCGUAAGUGUCUGUUUAAAAGGCAAAAGCUGAAAAAAAAUCCAGACUACAUACUGGGUCCUAUUGAUUAACCCAAUAAAGCUUGCUCAGCAAUAAGAGUUUACAAGAGAAAAGUUCCUUGCUUAGGGUGCGCUGUUUCACACAGAGGCAGGUGGCGGCCAUGACUAUCCAUGGCAUUUGAUGAGCCACCCAAGGGGACACCCCUUGUUUGUUCUUACAAACUCUUUCUUGUGACUGCUUACUCUAUUAAGUAUGUUAACAUACCAAAAAUGAACUCAGUUGAAUAUUUCUUUCUUGUCAAACAGCCUGAGUUAAAAGUUAAAAAACAUAAAACAACAUUAACAAAUAAUAAUUUGAGGGUAAAAAUGCCACAUAAUGGGUCAGUAAAACUUAUAAAUUCUUCUCAGAGCCCAACCAGCAACAUCAGUACUUUAACACGUUGUAUCUUUGCACAUUUGUUUGCUCACAGUCUCUCACUGUCACCUGUAUGUAAAAGCUGAAAAAGAUCUGUCACUGCUGACAAUAAGAAAGAGAGACAUGCUGUAACACUGAGAGUAAAUGGAGUGUGUGUGUGUGUGUGUGUGUGUGCGUGCGUGCGAGUGUGCAUAACGUUUUGAUCAAAGACUUUGUGUGAUUUCUCUUUUUAAAAGUUAUGUAAUUCUCUUAAUUAGACAGGUUGACAUUUGCUGGUCUGUGACUGACAGACAUUUGAACAGUUUUUCCAUUAGCUACCUGAACUUUUAUUUUACACUACCGGACAGCAAUUAGGAAACUCUUGACUCCCCAAUCCUCUCCUUUCCCUUUUUAAAGUAACUCUUCCCAUUUAUCCUCCAGGGGAAACCACAUGUGAUUAAAUCUCUGCCCUGCCAAUUAAUUCAUGGCUUCAUAAAUAUACAAAUGUGCUAUCAAACUGGAACUGGAUCAUCUGGGGGAGCCAGGGGAGCUCUCAGCCUACUCGCUGCUCUAUAAAUCAUCCAGCUGUUGGCAUGCUGUGCUUCUCUAAACAAUGCAACACAUCAUCAAGCCUCAGUAAAUCUUUAAAUCCACAGAUCAUUAUUGAGCAUCAAAGGAACCGCAUGCAGAAAAAUAGAAAUUUGCAUCAGACUAUCAGGAUAUCCUCUUGUCUCUUAAAGGUGUGGUAGGCAGGAAUCCAUUAAAGAAGCAUCUUUUUUGUGGUGUAAAUACAUCAAGGCUUUUAUUAUCAGUCAAUAGCUAUUAGUUAUUGAUGACAUUUGAGAAUAUCACGAUAUUGCUGUGUUUUGUUAUGUCUGUGUAGUCAACAUUUUGAGCUAUCUGAGGCACAGUCCACGAAUAACAUUCCCCAGCCCAAACAAAGUUAGCAUGUUACAAUAUCGGACAGCAGAAACCAACCAGAAAGUACAGAAAAUUUUCUGAAUCCUCCUCUGGCUACAACUGCCGACACAAGCAAGAAAACAAAGUAAAAAAGUACAGAAAUUUUCUGAUGACUCGGCUGUUGUUGGGUGUAUAAGCAGGGAAAGGGAUGGGGAGCAGAUGUGGAGGAGGUGGAGGUCUACAAGUACCUGGGCGUCCAUAUCAACAACAGACUGGACUGGAAAUCCAACACCGACGCUGUCUACAAGAAGGGGAUGAGCAGACUCUACUUCCUGAGGAAGCUGAGAUCCUUCAACAUGUGCAGCAAGAUGUUGGAGAUGUUCUACCAGUCUGUGGUGGCCAGCAUACUCUUCUUUGCCGUGGUUUGUUGGGGGAGCAGCAUCGGAGCCAGUAACACCAACAGACUCAACAAACUGAUCAGGAAGGCUGGCUCUGUGAUUGGCUGCAAACAGGACACUGUGGAGGCUGUGGUGGAGAGGAGGACACUGAACAAACUGUUAUCCAUCAUGGAUAACCCUGACCACCCUCUUCACCCCACUCUGGACAGACAGUGGAGCUCCUUCUCCAACAGACUGUUGCAGCUCCGCUGUCAAAGGGACAGAUACAGGAAAUCGUUCCUGCCACAAGCUAUUGCACUAUUUAAUAACUCUCAUCUGUCAGACAGGGACUCACAUAUGUCUGCUGUAUAGUCCAUUUUUAAAACUCCUACCACAUCACAUUACUGAGCACCUUAAUUUGUCUGUUUAUCUAUCACCCCAUCUGUAAUAUUUAGCAUUUCAUAUUUAUUACUCAUUUCAAUAGCCCACGUUCUUCAUAUCUCACUUUUAUCUCUUAGGAUGUUUAGUAUAUUUAGUGUGUAUUUAUUGUAAAUACUUAGUAUUUUUAGUCUGCAUUGUACUUACUUCUUCUUAUAUUUAAUGUUAUUCUGUAUUUUCUUUUUGCUGCUGUAACAAGAGAAUUUCCCAGUUUGGGAUCAAUAAAGUAUAUCUAUCUAUCAUCUAUCUAAAUACCGGAGACUCUGGCAGAAUAACAGGCACGAAAAAAGGAGGUAGACCACCCGGACAAGAGCUAAGAAGCCAGGUCAACAAAAAAUGAUAGGGGACGCUUCAGGAUCAUACGAACCCUGUAACCUUUCUGCUGGACAGAUAAAACGCUUUAACAAAGUAAGGCAAGUGUCUGUAACAGAAGUAUUUCUUGUUAAACGGGACCUGCUGCGUGUUGUAGAGACGCUUAACUGUUUACCUCGGGUCCUGGAGUAUGUCACAUUAUCCUAGUUGUAGAAGUCCUGCAAACAUUGUGUUUGCUGGUAGUCUUUUGGCAUCUACAGUAGCACCAAUGCUUUUUACUUUUCACUGGGCUCCAUUUGUAUUUAUCUGAAGUAUUUAUCUGCAUUAUAUCUGAAUUUAACUGAAAUGAUACGAACGAGCAGGAGCAUCUGUUUGUGGGCAGGGCUUGUUGGAGCAGAGACGGAGGGGCAAUGAGGAGCUGAGGGGAAAACUAGUUGGGAGGGGUAGUGUUCACAUUCAAGAUUUCUCCCAAAAACUGGCACUUCCCCAGAACCUGCCUACCCCACCUUUAACAUAAUCGUGGCCCUGUUCGCUGAUGCAUUCACAGGUCACAUGUUAGAUAUGUUAAAGUAUUACCUGCCAAGUUCCUUUUAAUUUACCUGUGAAUACUGUAUUUCUUUUGAGGUAAUUGACUUAUUGAAUGAUCCUUUUUUUCAAAGUACAAAGAUUGCCCUCACUAGAGAAACACAAGGGGAUCAUUUUAUAAAACUGGACCGAGGGAUCCAGCAGGUCUCUGCUCAUUGACAGAUAGAUAUAUACUACCCCUGAGAGACUUACACCAGAGCACCUUUGUGUAUCAGUUCUGAAAAUAUUUACUGCUCAGUUCUUCAGAUUUGUUCUGUCUCCAGAGUAUUUUCGUCUUGAUCUAUAACACUACUUGGGUGUAAUCACUGAAAGGGAUGGGAGCUGUUAUCUUUGGUUGGUUGACACCACUGCUCCUACCUUGCAGUUCAAUGUAAUCCCUCAUUUUGCAAGUGCUACUGAACGCUCAUAAUUAUUUUUUUCCAGAAGGCUUUUACUGAAGAUUUUCCCCACACAGUGUUAGUAGCUGUCUCAUUUCAGGCAAUGGCAUUAGCAAAAACUACCAAAUUGUUUCACUGUAUUCCUGUUGGCAUUUGUGACACCUUUCAACAUCUUGUAAUGCUGAUAGUGGUCUCCACUAGUGAUCACCUGUAAAAAAAAAACACCAUGGUCAAGAUUGUGGCUAUAUCACACACACACACACGCACGCACGCACGCACGCACGCACGCACAUCCUUAAGAUUACUUUACAAAAAUGGAGUGCUAACAUUUAAAACAGGGCUGAGACAGGUGUAAAGACCUGGGGGUCUCAAAGGGAAGGAGAGCUAAGGGAGGGUGCAGGCUGUAGUGUACAAGUGGUGUGUGUGUGAGCAGUUUUUUUUGUUUGUUUGUUUGCUUGUCUUUCAGUUUAGCUAAAGCUGGGGCAUUUCAGAUGUCUGAGGGAGGUUUCUCCAGAGUAUAGGAGCUGUGUGGGUGAAGAAGGUCGGAGAGGUACUGAGGGGUGAGGGCAUGGAUGGGUUUGUUGGUUAGAAGUUGUAUUUUGUUUUUGAUGCUGGAUUUCAUUGGGAGCCAGUGGAGGUGGGUGAGGGUUAGGGUGGUGUGCUGCCAAGGCUUGGUGAAGGCAAGAACCCUGCUCCAGUUUUAUCAUUUCUGGAGGUGGUCCAGGGCAGGCUUCAUUGUAGUAUUCAAGGUGGGAAGUGAUCAAACCAGAGCUCUGAGAUGGUUUUCGGAGGAAAGGAGUGGGAUUUCUCUCUGAGUCCAUAUGUAAGUACAAAGAGAGGUUGGUGUUCGUGCCCAGGUUGUGGAUCCCUGAGGAUGGGGCACCCAUUUACAUUUACAAGAACUCUUCUGCAAAGCUAAAAACAUACCUGAACGGCACUGACCCCCAAAUCCAUUUAAAUAGGUGUUCCUCUGCUCAGGUUAUGUAAUAAUGGACCACCCUAUUUGCAGUGUGAAGCAGAGAAGACUUAAGUGACAUUAAAUCAGAUUGCAUCCCAUUAGGCGCUCCCUCUGAUGGCCUCAGUAGUUUUGAUGAGCUGUUUGGAGUGGUGCCAGAGAGCGCUGUGAUCCUAAAAGAGAGGAGAGCAACAAGAGAGGAUGUUAUUUCACUUCAUCACAAACUCCAUAGUGAAAAACAGUCAAGCGUGUCUUCAAUGCCUUGUGCAUAAUUCAUUCCAAGUGUUGAUAAGCACUUUCCCCACCCUCCAUUUAUCUAACAGACCAUCUGUUUCACUGUUCUUUUGCAGUAAAUAUGAUAAACACUGGGUUGUACUGAGGAGGCUCCAUCUAUAUGGAUGUCUCUUUUUGUGUUUUUCUGUCUGUGUCUUUAGAAAAUAAACUGGAAGAGAGAGGGAGGGACAGAGACAGUAUUCACAUGAAGUGAAUGAAAGAAAUGUGACUGGGACUAAUGAAAUCCACGUGUUUCUGACUCAAAACUCAAUAACAAGAAGAAAAAGGAGGAUUUUGUUUGAUACAGCCACUAUCAGAUGCUCAACAGGCUAAUAUCAUCACUGAUAGAAGAGAACAGAUAAUGCCAUAGUAAUUUUGUCCUCUCACCACUACCAAACACAGCCCUGCGCAGACAGCGGUAGUACCAAAGCAUCCUUGUCAGGCAGAAACUUCAUAUUUCCUUGAUGAUUUAAGUUGUUUUUAAUCAAAAGAUUUUGCUAUGAGCCAACCUUUAGGAGAGACCGAGGCUUGUUGACACACUUUUUACACUCUUAUAUAUUUCUUAGAAUCAAAACAUCAUAUAUAAACAAAAUGUGUACUAGAUGAAAGACCAAAGUCUCAGGUCUAUAUUUUGUUUUAUGUCAUUUUCAUAUCUUGUGUCAGUGCAGGAAGUGUCAGUGCAAGGAAGGAAUCAAAUAGAGAGUGUGAACAUGUGUCAUAUUGCCCCACCAUGGGGUAAGUUGUCUCACGACAUGGGCUAAGAUGUCACAGUGGAUUUUGCAGCUAAUAAAACAAAGACAAAAUUAUUUUUGUUCUAAUUUUUUUUACAUGUCAGUGAACAUCAAAGUCAGGCACAGAAAAUGUUUAUCAUUGAGAAAGUCGUUGAACAUAGCCUUUGAGUAAAUGUUAAUAUAAAAUAUCAUGCAACAUGCUCUGGAGUUUGGAGAGCUGUCCGACUCUGUAUUCUGGCUGGGGUAAAUGUUUUGCAGUACUGAGCCAAAGUAUGGUAGUUGACAUUGAGGUCCUUCAUUGUCCUCCAGAUUGAUUUAUUAGCUAGGGUUAUCUGCCUGACUGCCCUUAGCAUCACAUCAGGUACUGCACCGCCACGUUCUGUUUUUCUUUAGUAAUUCCUGACCAUGUCAUCUCGCUUUUUCUUCUCCUUUAAAUCAUUCUUUUUUCUGUAAAAAUAAAGUCAAAAUUUCAAUGACAACUGCUGAUAAGUAGACUCUCUGGGCUCUAUUUUCGUGCCUCGACGGAGACGUGCCACAGGCGCGGCGUAAGUCAGGUCCGCCGCGCCAACAAGGCGUUCCCAAGCACAAUUUGGUAUUUUGGUGAGCAGUGCAGCCCGGCGUAAGUAUCCCCCUCCCUAACUCAGCUCCUCCCAGUGGCGCAAGUCGUAGGGAGGUAGGAGAGAGGGCGUGGAGUGGGUUGAACACAGCCGAGACCUGUAUUCACCAAUAACAUCACCUCCUCUCCUCGCCUUUGAAUCCGCCACCAGCGAGGCGUAUUACUAUUUUUGUGAAGUAGUCAAAGAGAUCAAGAGAUGUCUGAAGACAGCAAUGCCACACGAUGGCGACAGAAGGCAGCCCCUCAACAAGUGUCACUGUAAGUGCUGCAGAAGGCGUCCUCCACACUCUCUCAUAUGAGCACAGAUGGAUUUGGUGUGUGUAAUGUUGGACCCACUAGUAAGACAAACACCCUUUCCACAAAUAAAGACACUCACAUAAAGUUGCACAUAUUCAAACCUCACGUGACAAAGGUGGGUUGUGCGCAGAGAUCACAUCAUAAAUUCCAAAAAUGGCAUUAAAAUUGGAACCAUCUGUGCGUAAUGACGCAUCACGCUCCGUGGCCUGGCUCUUUCUUUCAUAGAUGUUGGCAUAUAAAAUAAAUUUGGCUUAAUCUCUUCUCUAACAAGUCCACAUGUAUCACAGCUAGGAUUUUCAUCUGGAAGAAGGUUCCAGAAGAAGGUUUGGGUUGUAUGAAAUGGUUAAUUGGCGCUCAUCUCAGCUCACAAUGUGCUCUUCACUUAUCAGACAGGACACAACCCCUGACCAUGUAAAGGAAGAAAACUAGUAUUCUACUUUUUAUUUGCACCCUCUGGUGGCAAAGAUAAUUGCAAUGUGACAACUCACCCAUGUGACAACAAGCCCUGGUCUCCCCUACAUCUGUCAGGUUCCUUAAAAUUGUUACCAAGAAAAAGAAUUAAAAGAAGCUUGUGGCAGAAACAUAUGCAGUGUUUAGUUAUGUCAUAAACAUUUUUUUUUUUUAACAUUUCCUCGAAAGUAAUGGUUUUGGGAAGGUGGGUUCAUACCUAGCAGUAACAAUGGUGCACAUCAUUCUUUUUUUUUUUUUUUUUUUGCCUCUUAAAAAACUUCACCAUCAAGCAUGUUUUUCACUGCAAGACAUUAGGGCCUGAUCUACUAAAGGUUUGCGUGUGCAAAAACAUGAGGAAACUUCGCACGUUCACGCAAACCUGGGGCCUGUUCUACGAAGCAGGAUUACUGCUUAGCGAGAUAACUUCGAGGAUAAGUUCGGGGUUUCCUGUUCUACGACACGGGUUCACUUCUUAGCAAGGCGAGUCUCCAUAGCAAUAUAUGCUGAACGGUUAACCUGCUCCGGGGCAGGUUAAGUUCCAGAUUGAACUCAAAGAGUAUAAAAACCCCGCCCACUGACCAAUGAGCUCUCUCGAAAAACGGCUUGUCCGUUCUUGAAGGAUCCUAUAGACCUCGGUGCUCACAUUGUCCGAGGAGCACUCUGGCUCGCGAGAGUUUACAGGGAGAGUUUUCUCCGGAUGACCACCUUUAUGAAAGGCUCAUAUGGCCCCCAGGUGGCCCCCACUGAGGAAACACUGGAGAAAUACCAUUUGAAAAUAAGUAAAUAAAUAGAAUAAACAUAAUAUGUAAAAUAAGAACUAAAAUAUAUAAAUGAAAUAAAAUAAGAUUAAAAUAGGAUAAAAAUAUUGUUUAAAAAUAAGACAUUAGUUAAAAGCCAAAAUAAAUAGGUGGGUCUUGAGCCUGCUUUUGAAAAUAUGAACAUUCUCUGCAGCCCUCAGAUCCUCCGGCAGGGUAUUCAAAAGACGGGGGCCAUAGUGCUUAAAAGAUGCCCCACCAUAAGUUUGUGUUCUCACUUUGGGAACCAUUAAAGGGCCAGCGCCAGAAGAUGUCAAGGUCCGUGAGGGUUCAUAUUGUAAAAGCAAUUCUGAAAGAUAAGAAGGUCCAAGACCCCUAAGAAAUUUAAAAACCAUUAAAAGAACCUUAAAAUCAAUCCCUAAAGCACACAGCCAAUGCAGUGAUCUUAAAACCGGUGUAAUAUGUGCCCACCUUCUGGUCUUCGUCAGCACAUGUGCUGCUGAGUUUUGCAACAGUUGUAAACUUGAGAUGUUUCUUUUUGGAGGACCAGAAAGCAUGGCAUUACAAUAGUCUAGAUAACCGGAGAUAAAAGCAUGCAUACGCGUCUCUGUGUAAGCCCAGGAGAGAAAGGGUCGGAAUCUGGCUAUGUUCUUUAAAUGAUAAAACCCUGUUUUUGUUGUGUUUUUAAUAUGUGGAGUAAAAGAUGACGCCUAGAUUCUUUACCUGAUUUGAUGAAACUGAGGACAGGGUUUUCAGUUUUGAUAAAAGCCUUAGGAUCGAUAAUUAAUCCAGGAUAUACAGUGUCGUUGGUGCCCACAUGUAUGAUGACCCCGUGGUCGACCCCGUGACCCCGACCCUGUGGAUGAGAAUUCAGGACGCUUGGGAUUUUCUCAGUUAUGUCUGCAACAGUGGCGCCAGGAAAGGACAGGGUGAACGCUCCCCUCAGAUGGACGUUCCGCAUGAUGGAGUCCCCGAUGACUAGUGUUGUAGCCUGUUGCCUGAGGGGGGCGUCCGGCUCGGUGGAUCCGUCCUCCCCAUCAGGCACCGGGGAUGAGGACGUCCAGUGUGCCAUUACACCACGUCCUUGAGGAGCCACCUCCGCUGGGUUGAAUAGCGGGGGGGACGGAGAAGAGUGGCACAGUGCUUGACGGCCCGGUGCUGGACGUCCAUCCGGUGGGGCACAGGCAGCCAUUAGUGGAGGGAAGGCUGUGGUGUCUGUCAGCAGGGCUGCAGCAUCCUUUGGGGAGGCCUCGGGAUCAGCAGGGCCCUGGACCAGUUGCUCCACACUCAUGGAUAGAGCCGAAUAUUUGUUGGAGAGGGGGAUUGUGGGAAGAAGGAGGCAGAAGUGCCAAGAUAGAUGCCAUGAUCCUUGUCCAAAAGCUUGUAACUUAUUUCGAUUUUCUGGUAGAUGACGAUUUUAUAUAAAUAAUAAUGUCAAACCCGGAACACAUGAAAAAAAAAAAAUAUAUCUCUUCUUCUUAUUGAUUUUAAAUAGUUUUAAUUCCUUUUAUGAUUUCUAAUAUAUUUUUUGCAUCUGUAAAGCACUUUGAAUUGCCCUGUGUAUGAAUGGUGCUAUACAAAUAAACUUGCCUUGCUUGCCUUUUAUGCAGUUCCCCAAAAUGAUAUGUGCAGCAACUCCACAGCUUCAAACUUUAUUUUUUGGUCCAGGAUCACUCUGCUCUCACAAACUCUCCAUGGCGACAGCUGAUAGCACACGCAAAAUCCUUGUUCAAAGAAGGCGGUCCGCACCACUUUUGCACCUGUUAUCAAUUGCGCAUGCAAUGAUAGUAGAUCACCCACAACACGCCCACUAAUUGCAUGUGCAAUUUUUUAGUUUGCACACACAAUUCAGCGUUCGCUAUUUGGGAUCUUAGUAGAUCAGGCCCUAAGUGUAUCAUAAUUUUUAAACAGAAAGCUCACAAUUUUAAACAUCAACAUUACAUUUGCCUUUUUUUUGUAACCAUUGUUGCAUCCAGCUGGCUGUAAGCAUUAGGAGGUAAAAAUGAAAAUUUUUCACAUUUUAAAGCCAAAUAUAAAAAGAAAUCAAAUAGAAAUAGAUUGGUUAAUUUAUGUACCAUUUAACAGGCUAAACAUCAUAAAAUGGUUAAAUCUUAAACAACUCAUUAACAUUGUAAAAAAUAUUGAGAUUUUCUUUUGAGUAAAAGCCUUUAAUUUUUUUUUAUUCAAUAGUAUAUGUAAGUCACAUGGAGAAUGCCAGUUUUAUUAGACACUAGAAGUGGGGAUGUGAAUCAUGAUACGAUACAAUGCUAGGAUACGAUAUGAUACGAUACAAUAUGAUAGCAAAGAAUUAAAAAUGCUCUGAAAAGGUCAACUUGACAGUUUUACCCCCCCCCCCCCCCCCCACACACACACACACACACACACACACACACACACACACACAGUCAGAAGAAUGGUCUUCAAUACAGGACACUUAAUAUAUAGAAGUUGCAUUUAUAGUCAGCACUAUAAAUGAGAUAACAGGAUUAAAAAGACAGAUGUUCAGGGUCAGCUGUUCAUACCGUAACCUCUGGAUGAAAUGGUCUCUAUUUGAGGACAAUUUCCACUCCCUGUCCAGCUCAUGUGGAAUUUAUGUGCCUUUUUUAUGUGUCUUGAGAUGGAUGAAAUAGCUCAGUCCAAGAUUUAGAGUUUCCUUGAUAUAUUCCUACAAAUCUGGUUGAAUGACUGCUGUUUCUUGACUGACAGUGAUUGCAGACGUAAAGGUCAGAAACUUAACCCCCCCCCCCCCCACACACACACACACACACACACACACACACACACUUACAUUGUCAGCCAUCACCCAGAACAUCCCAUGUGUGUAAAGUAAUUGGUUCCAUGGUGGCUCAUACCUAAUUGGUGUGUAGCUGUCAAUAGCUCAGGUAUCCCAAGGCUGUAGCCCAUAACAGAGAUUAAAGAUGGAAAGACAGCUCAUGAAAUAAAGCUGUGAUCCCUCACUGGCUUAGAUUACAUGGAAGAGCAGGACUCAGACUUUGUUUUUCAGUGCCCCUUUUGCUAAUGUUUCUUUGUCUCUCACAGCCCACAGGCCAGCUGGGUGUCUAAAUUGGGCAGCUUUGCGGGGUGGAAAACCUUGCACAGAGGGUUUAACAAGCAAAAAAAACAAAACAAGCAAGCUGAGGGGAUUGUGUAAAGCCUACAAUUACAGACGAGGCACUGUUGUUGGGAUUUCUGUCCUCCUAAAUUGAGGAUGGCUGCAGUGGAACUGAGAUAAGCCUCCUACCGCAACUGCCAUGCUAAUUUAACAUUGUACAAGAAUAGAAGCUAUGGUGUACCCAGUGUGGAAGCUUAAGUAAAAUCAGAUUUUCACAUCAACUUUGGGCCUUUGCACCAAUGCUGCCCAUCCAUUUGCGGCUAUUUGAGAGGAACUAUCCUCCUCAUCUCUAUUUUAAAACAAACAAACAUAAAGAUCAGGAAGGAGAUGCUACACUCUUAGAAAUAGAUUUGGUUAAUUUAUGCUACCAUUCUCCAACAGACCUCAAACAUCAUAAUCAAUGGAUUAAAUCUUACAAUACAACUCAUUAACUUUAAAAAAAGUGAAGCCACCGUGAUGGCUGCUGACACUUUGUGCUUAUUUAUCCUGGAGUGUCAUUUGGCAACAGUGCCAUCAAUUAUAAAAACACAUCGGGUCCGUUUCACGUAGCAGGUUUAGUGGAAACUCCAAGUUUGUUAACCCUGAAAUCGGGGAAACUCUGAGUUUUCCGUUUCACAAAGGAGGGUUAGUUAAACCAGGGAGAGAGGGGUAACUCUAACCUGUUUCACAAAGAGAGGUAACUCAACCUCGCGGUCAGUUACCACAGUAACAGACUCCGUGAACCUAACCUGCUCGGGAGCAGGUUUAACUCAGUAAACCCAGAGUUUCAGGUGAGACAUCGGCAUUUUCUCAUUUUGAUCAUGUUUUACAUUGUCAAGUAAGUAUUAAGUGGCAGUUUGAUCUCUUAAAAAAUGUUCUUUUCACACUCAAAACUGAAUUUUACUCUCUUAUUAUGUUCCGUUAAAUGAUUAAGAAUAUUAAACUAACACAAAAACGGGUGGUGGUCCAGCAGCCCCACCUUUAACGGAGGCAGAGGAGCUGCCCCCCCCCCCCCCCCCCCCGUUCGACGAUCGCGGCCGGUCCGAUCGCAAAUCCCCCCCCCCCCCCCACACACACACACACACACACACACACACACACACACACACACACACGCACACCAGUCCGACGAUCGCUGCUACGGGGUGGGGGUUUCGAUCGUCGGGGGGGGGGGGGGGCGCUCCUCUGCCUCCGUUAAAGGUGGGGCUGCUGGGCCACCACCCGUUUUUCUGGCAUCUGCCCUCUUUCUGUUUGCUGAGUGAAAGUCUAAUAUUGAGUGUAGUGUGUGUUAGUUUAAUAUAUGUACAUAUACAUACUGAGAGUUAGUUUAAUAUUCCUAAUCAUUUAACGGAACAUCAUAAGAGAGUAAAAUUCAUUUUUGAGUGUGAAAAGAGCAUUUUCUAAGGGAUCAAACUGCCACUUAAUACUUACUUGACAAUGUAAAACAUGAUCAAAAUGAUUCAAGCAGUUUCCCUGCAACAGUCUGUCAUUGUGAUUGCACGAGACUAGAUUUAAAGUUACGCAUUGACGCGAGCAGCGAUUUCCUCCCAAGCCCUCUCCCUCUCCUUUGCAGCUGCUGCUGUAUUGCACUUUCUUUUACAAACGUGCUGUAAUUCGCUGUUGGCUUGCUGCUGCCCCCUCCUUCUCCCUGUUUCCAUUGGUUGAUCAUUGAAUCUGCGCUCCACAGAUGCUGGCUGUUUAUGUCUGGCGUGCACGUGCUUAACUCCAGGUCAAACUACUCGGAGUUGUUAAAACCGUCUCAAAUCAGGUAUUGUGAAACCGGAAACUCAGAGUUUCCUAACUCAGAGUAGAUCAACUCAGAGUUAAGGAUUUAACUCAGAGUUUGUUGAACCACCUACGUGAAACGGACCCAUCCCCUCUACUUAUUAAACAAAAAGUUAGAAGUUAGAAAUGUUUCUGAAAAAUUAACACAGAGCAGAAAAUAAGAUAAGAAAUUUAUCGAUCCCUGAAGGGAAAUUCAAUGCAGAGCUGAGAAACAUUCAUUAAAAGUAUGUUUCAUUUACUAGUUUGACUCAGGCUGUUUAACAUACUGUACAGCCAUUCACCAGUGGAGCGCCAUUGGCUUAAACAGCUUAUUUAGCAAAGUCAUUAUUGUUAUGUCUGUAAUACCCAACCAGCUUUGACAUCUUGAACUAAUUGUGAGUCCAGGCAGUUGUUGUGUAAGGCUCUGUUCAUAAGUUGGCCUAAGCAAGUUCUGUACACGGGUCAGUGACUCAGCAGGUGACAACUUGUGGUGUUUCAUAAGAAAAACUGUCAAGGAAAUGAAUACUGUCCUGGUACUUUUAGUUGUAAAUGUACUGAAGCUAUACUGAUAGUAAGUGAUGUUACUGCUAGAUGUUUGAGUCUCUGUAUUAGUGAGGAAAUCUGCUCUUCCUUUUAGCUGAACAUUGCUCUGUAUAGCCGUGAGCAGCAGACUACCAUAGUUGAAAUAACAGUAAUAUAAGGGGUAAGUCCACACAAAUUUAGCAAUCAACAGCAAACACACCGGUUGCAAACCUUAGACUUGGCCCUCUGCAGAGCAGCGUCACCAGAACACAAUUUAAAAUAUCUGAUAUAGAAAAUGAAUUUCUUCAUCUUAACAGAAUAGUUAUAUAAACCUCUUCUGAGAACAGACAGAGAAGUAGCAGUAUUGUAUACAUUAGUGGUGUGUCGGUCAUGAACGAACGGAUCAAAAGAACUAGUUCUUUUUGGUGAACAAAAUGAACGGGGUCACCCCCCCUAAAUGAUCCGUUCAGUCCGUUCAGUUCUUUUGAUUGGCUGAAGAGUCAGUUCACCGUUCCUUAGGGCGGGACUAUCUCCAUGCUUGCCUGUCUUAUCCUAUCGUCGCGCCUCGCUCUGUGGGUGGGGAAGCAGCAGCAGUACUGAGCUGACUGAAAGAGCGGGACCGAUGACCAAGCAGACUGAAAGACCGGGACCGAUGAUCGACUCGGUCUCCGUCUUUUCAGUCAGCUCGGUCUGACCGAGAGAUUGACCGACUCUCAGACUGACUGAGUACAAGCGUUCACUCUCUGCAAGGUGCUGUCAGCCUGUCACUAGCCGACCGACUUGUGAACGCAACAGGAUGUACUGAGUAAAAUAAACUAUCAGGCAGUCUCUUGCGGGGGGUAUCUGUACUCACAAGUCCAACAAACAGUGCCCCGGCCGGCGCACGAGCCGACAGCCAAGCCCGAGCGAGCGGGACAAUCACACACACAGGCACACAGCUGCUGCUGCAGCCAGAGCCAGAGAGACUAAUGCAGCCAGCGCACGCACGGGGUGUUGAUGUUUGCGCCACAACAUUUUUGCUGUCUUGGUUGGUAUUUCCUAUGUUUUAUUUUGUUCAUUAUUGUUAUAUUCAGCGUUGACAUUUGUGUGACAGACCUGUAUGGGGGAUUUGGGAAUAUACGGAACAAACAGCAUCCUGUAUUGGUUCAGUGCGGGACGGUUGUUGUUGUGUGUUGCAUACAACACACAUACAGUACAAAUUAAACAACACCAUGGCAACUAUUAAACAAUAAAUCGAAAUAAGAAUGAAUAGAUUUGUGUGUGUGUGUGUGUAUGUGUACCAGUGGCGAUUGCUCUAAGACUGCAAGGGAAGCUCAGCUUCCCUUAAAAUGUCACCCCCCAAAAAUAAGAAAAAGUGGCGAAAUACGUACUGCUCAGUGUACAUUUCAUUAACUUAAUACGCGCUAGAAAGCCUUCAUCUUUUGUUCAGAAAGAGCUUCUUAUCACAGUGUGAUAAGAAGCUGAUUCUGCACAGCUUCGUUCUCAUUCAUCCUCGCAGCGCCUCAGCGCUUCACACAGCCGGACGCUCGGAGUCUGCUGACUUCAAUGUGGAAGCUCAAAAGUGGGUAGUUCCAGCAGCGAAACUAGACGCUCAUUGGAUAAAUGCUGGGCUUUGUCCCGCCCAUCGGACGCUGAGCUUCUCUGGAGUUCUAUGGCGAGAGGGCGGUCCUGACUUUCUCCCGGACUCCGAGCUUCUGCAUCCAUGAUUGAAUGAGCUGUCUGAGGCGAAAUCCUUUUUUGAUUGACAGCUAAACAAGCGAAUCAGUGAUCUUGAAGAAUAAAACAUCUACCAAAGCAUUUUCCAAGUUAUUCAUUCUGUUGUUCUUAACUGCUCCAAAGACUUUACCGAUCCUCAGCGACUUUUGUCUUUGUUAAAAACAACUGCCGUUGUGUUUGGCGACUCUGUUCUGUUACAUACAAAUAAACAAACACAAUUAUGAUGUAGGCCAGAAAAAUUAGCUUCCCCUCCUUGAAAGACCAGCGGCCGCCACUGAUGUGUAUAUAUAUAUAUAUAUAUACAUAUAUAUAUAUAUAUAUAUAUAUAUAUAUAUACAUAUAUAUAUAUAUAUAUAUAUAUAUAUACAUGAACGUGAACAUGAGUGAACGGACUGACUAACGACCAAUUGACCGAAAUGACCGAAAUGAACAGAUCUUUUUACUGAACGAACCGGAAUGAUCCGGUUCACUGAAAUGAACGGUUUUGCCCACCACUACUAUACAUCUGCUCUAUUGUUGGAAUCUUUUCUGUUACAUUUUGCGAUUUGAAAUUGUUUGAAAUAGCAGCACUCUAGUCUAAUUGCAUGUCAAUCAGAAAGUUCUGUUUAUUAUAAGCUAUAACACAACCAUUAUAAUUGUAUCCUGAGGGUCAAGCAAAGUCCAUAACUCAAACCUUUGUAUGUGUUUCAUAAUCUCCAUAUCCCCCCUCAGGUGGUUUUGUAAAAGUUCCUCCCUCUUCUUCUCUGUCUCCUGCAGUGAUGGAUGGGCAGACCGAUACGAAGUUGUGGAGGGUUAUGAACAGGAAGCAGAGGGAGGAAUCACCAUGAAGCUGCAGUCAGAGGUGGUCAAGUCCUUUGAUGACUACUACCUGAAGCUGCGUCUGGACACUAACACCAGGAACCCUUGGUUCGCCGAGUUCUGGCAGUACCGCUUCCAGUGCCGCCUACCAGGCCACCCACAGGAGAACAAGAACUACAAGAAAGUCUGCAGUGGUGGGUACUCUGGAGAAAUUUCUAUUCUUGUAUUUAGGAAAAGGGCCAUUUUUUUUAAACACAUUGAUAGGAGUAAUGUGUGCUUUUUUUUUUUUUUCAUGCUGUCUGCACUCUUUUAAAAUUGUCAGUUAGUGUGGAGGGUUGAACUAGUCUUGAGGGUACUUUGCAGAGCUCUGGAAUAAUAAAUACUGUGUUUUUCUCUUUCUGUUUUCCUCUCUGAAUACUCUCUCCAUUUGCCUACUAAAGGUGACCAUGGUAAAUUAUGUUCUUGGCCUAUUAACAGCUUCCGCACCAAAGCAUUUGACAGUAAAUCUAAUGAAAAAUCUAAAAGUGGCAUCAAUUGAAAAGCAUGCUACUAAUGAAAUCAUGAGUAAAGUCAGUCUGUGUCUAAUACUUAAAGCAGUUGAGUCACAGCUUUUCUUUUACUUUCUUUGCAUCACUUUUUUUUCUCUUUGACUCCAAAGACCUUCAAGGUGGUAAGCACAUUUUCAAGGCAUGAAUAGAACUUUUCUCAAUUGCACUUGCACUCAGAAAGCAUUUGACUUGAAGAAAAGUCUGACUGAUGCUCUCUAACACAACACUCUCCUUAAUGUCUUUAAACUGCAACGUAGCCAAUGAGCUGCGUGAUGUUUCAUGCUGACAGUCUCCCAGUCGGAGGCAGGAUGGCAUCAGUCAAACUCGAGCACAGCUGAGCACUGGCUUUGUUUAUAUUUUUAUAAGGGAUAAAAAGAAAAUGGUCUCAUACUUUAACACAAAGGUUGUGCAAGGGAAUUGCCCAUCUGUUUACCCAAGCACCUGAAUAAGAUGAUGCUGCAGUAUGACAAAUCACAAUACUGUAUGUGCAUGCUGCCUCCAAAACAAUGAAAACGCACUUCCUUUUAUGCACUACCUUAAGAAGUAAAUUUGUUGAAAAUCAGGGGAAUAUCUUCAUGCAAGGAUGCAAAGUAGGGCACAUUUUGUACUUUUUCUUUUGAUUCUUAAAUGAUGAGGUCUGACUAUGGUUGCGUCGGCAUCUGAAGUCCUGGGAAUUUCCCAGCCAUCUGCGUCCUGUUGGGCUUUUGAACACAGUGCAAUGAUUUCCCUAAAUGCUAAUAUAUUUUGAUUUGAAAAAGGUUGUGCUUAACUGUAAACAAUAUCUGUUUUAAAUUUGAUCGUGCAUUUUGGAAAACACCACUUUUUUUUUAUUCUAAAAGUAAAACUACAUUACAGAAACAGAACCGAAAGAAAGAAAAUCUACAAAGUUUCCUUCAAUUUCUAUAUAUUUUUUUCUAUUUAUUUCCCCUCCAACAGGAACUGAGAGUUUGCAGGAAAACUAUGUUCAGGAUAGUAAAAUGGGCUUUGUCAUCAAUGCCAUCUAUGCCAUGGCUCAUGGACUCCAUGAUAUGCACCAGGAGCUCUGUCCAGGAAAGACAGGACUCUGCGAGGCCAUGGACCCAAUUGAUGGUAGCAAGCUGUUGGACUACCUGCUGAAGACAUCCUUCAGAGGAGUCUCUGGAGAGGAGAUUUAUUUUGAUGAAAAUGGAGACACUCCAGGAAGGUAAGGGGAUAUGUUGGCUGGUAAGAUGUGUCAAAAAAGAACAGAUUUUGCGCAUUAGGAGGAUGUACCUUUGCAUUUAUCAUCCAAAACCAUCCUGGUCAUUGGCACCCAUGUGCAUGCAUUCACACAUGUACACCAAUUUUAAGUAUGGAAAGAUGUAAUGAGUUUGGACUGGAACAGAUUCAGUGGAUUGUCUGCUGUGGCCACCUCUUUCAUCUCUGUGCAGUCCAACAGACAGCAUUUGACAGUGAGAAAACACAGCCAUGUCAUUUCUCUGUCAACUAGGGGUCAGGUGGAGCAGAUCCUGGAUCAAUCAAAAAUAAGGCCACUAUGUCCACUGACAUGAGCUCUUGAUGUCACACUCACAAACAGUGACUCUAUCACAAAAAUGGUUUUCAACGCUGUAGAGUUUUUAUCAUUAAAUUACCUGGCUGUCACUCUCCUCUCCCCUUCUCUCUUUACCACCCUCUUCCUUGAUUUUUUCCCUCCAUGUUAAAGUCUUAUUUUUAACUCAAUUGAUAAUGUAUAAAUGCUGAUUACAAGUGUCUGCCACUUCCUGUCUGUCUAUGCAGGUAUGAUAUCAUGAAUCUCCAGAGUGUGGGUGACGGCCGCUAUGACUACAUAAAUGUGGGCUCCUGGCAUGAGGGCAUUUUAAGCAUUGAUGACUACAAGCUCUGGAUGAAUAGCAGCGACAUGGUUCGCUCAGUCUGCAGUGAUCCCUGCUCUAAAGGGCAGAUCAAGGUAUGGAUUCAAAUCCUACUUGGAGCUAAUUCUAACUCUGCCACUGAGAAGAGAAAACCUUAAACCUGAGAAUAGUUAUUCACAAACAAUGAAGGAUUUGCUCUGAGACUGGGAUAAUGUUCCAAAAUUAUUCUGAAGUAUCACUUUAACACUCCGCCAGUGUUGAUGUAAGUUAAUACCAGCAGAUCUAAUUUAGCACCCCUUCUGCUCUGAGAAUCUUUUUUAUUUUAAAAAGUAGUUUCUAUGGGCAGACACACACAUACACGCACGCACACACGCGCGCACACACACACACACACACACACACACACACACACACACACACACACACACACACACACACACACACACACACAGAGUGCUUUCACUGAUUUCUGAGACAACCAUCACACUUUAGAUACUUUCACCCUUAAUUAAGAGGGGUUUUCUUCUUUAGUAAAACCCCUCCUGACAAGACCAAAGCAGUGUCCCCAGCUGCAUACAAUUCAUACUAUUCAUUCUUAAUAUGGCCUCACAUUAUGCAAUAUGACACGGCGGUAGAUGGUUGACUGUCCAGCAUGGGUAAAAAUAAGCACAGACAGAGAUGAAGACAGGGAUAGUAUUUUCCCUAUGCUCCCACAGCUUUUCUGUUUUUUGAAUACACAGUGUCACUGUUUGGAUGUGAAGAAUUAUUAUUGCGAGUAAAUCAAGACACUUCCCACUUUUGCCUCUUUGGUUACUGUCCUACAUUUUGUAAUCCUGUUUCAUUAAUUAAAUUUUAUGUGAAAGGCUUCAAGAAGGAGACAAUAAUUCAUAAAGCAUCCAUUUUCUCAGUCUUAUUCAACAUGAUAGAAAAAGGUCAUAGGAAGAAAAACAUAACAGAACACUAAGGCUAGUUCAGGUUAUCAGACUACUGUUUUCGGUCUUUUCUAGCCCUCGGGGGUGGUAAAUCCCCUUUCCUGCCCACUUAAGCCUUCCCCUCUUCUGCUUUGUUUCUUGCCCCACUUAUCACCUUGCUUUCCAUAUCACAGUGCUGGUAAGAGCUUCACUGUGAGCUGAAUGUCAAAGCAGCUUGCCUUGUUCAAUAAACAGAAUGUCUGGGGCUCAAAGAGAAAAAAAAAUCGCACCAUCAUAUCCUCAUCUUUAAUAUUGCUUUGAUGCAGAUUACUUAUUAAGGUUGCUCUGUGUGUGAUGUGAACCUUGUCAUGAUUAAUUGUAUUGAUUGUCAUUGUGACUGCUCGCUAAAAUGUGCGACUCCUGUUCACUGAUGUGCAGCCACUCUGUGUGUAGGUAAUUAGGAAGGGUGAGGUGAGCUGCUGUUGGAUCUGCACCACAUGCAAGGACAAUGAGUAUGUCCAGGAUGAGUUUACCUGCAAGGCCUGUGAGCUGGGAUGGUGGCCUGAUGACGACCUGGCAGGUAACCAAUCUUAACUUAUCCUAACCAACACACACACACACACACACACACACACACACACACACACACACACACACACACACACACACACACAGCUUUCCACCCAAGCCUGUCCUUUUGAGUUGAGGUUCCUCUGUUCCUCUGUCAAAUCUUACACUCAGGACAUUUACAUGCAGUUAAAUUAUUUGGUUUAUGGUGCUGGUUUGACUAAAACUAGACCUUUAUAAUACAUGUAAACACAUUAGUCGGACUGAAGAAGUCAAAUUUCUUUAAGUCAGACUAACAUACUUUGAUAACACAGUUUUUCCUUGAAGUCAAAAAAGAAAGAAAGAGGCUAAGUAUAGUAUCUAGAUGGCAAAGGGUUGUAUCUGUUUUGGCUCUCAACUGGUGUAAUUUUCAGACCAUACUGCCAUGUUUUCCUUCUAGAUACUGAUUCUAAUAACAUGAUAUGAGUAUUAAAAAAUAGGGUAACCCUUGGCCACUGAUGCAACUCAAUAAAAAUAAUAUUAGUGAAUAAUACUGAUGACUGAUAUUUUGCUAUGUUGACUAGUAUUACAUUCUCAGCACCAACCAGAUGUUGUGUGUUAUUAUCACAUGAUGACUUAUCCAGGGCUGUUUGGUUGUGGUAGCAGAUCAGUGCAUAGACUGACAUAAUUGUCAAUUCCUGAUCCUGUAAUUUAGAGAGUAGCCUAUUGGAGGGCAAGACUGGUAUUAGUGUAAAAACUGUUGUUAGGAGACUUUGCAGCUGGGUAACCUACCUUCCACCUGCUCCAUUUCCAGGACAUUUUUAUCUCAUAACACCAAUCACACUUAAACAGCACACAUUCUGUCUCUUGGACUAUAUGUGCCUUGGCUAAUAUCUCCCUCCCCCCAUAAGCCUGUUCACACUUCACACCCUGACACCUCCUUUAGCUGAUGCUGUUCAUCAUCCAGGUACUGUGACCCUGCUCCCGGCUCACAGCUCCUCACAAAAGUGACACUGCUCACUUCCCUCCUCCCUGCUCCAUGCCUUGUUGUGACCUAGAGGUUGUUUUGACAGCGAUUUAUAGAGCUGAGAGGAGCUCUCAGUUCCCAGGUGUAAAAUCCUAUUACUGACAUGAGAGGCUUGGGGAUACAUUUUGGCAGUGUGUUGAGGAAGAAAUUCUCCCUUCUCUCUCAUUACAUGUCUGGAGAAUACUAAUAGAGAGAGUUGAUGUCCUAUUCAUAGAGGGACAAUGUGGUCCCUCUAUGAAUAGGGAAAUGGAUCGACACAGAGACCAGGAUGACCAAUCAGAGUAGCUGAAGUCUACUGGAAUGUGGCUACUCGCCCUAACCCAAACAUUCUAAUCUACUCUUCGGCUCCCUCGGUAUCGGCCUUGGCCAAGGUCGAUGCUGGCUCAACUCCUCCAGGAGAUCUCAGCAAUCCAAUGCUCUGAACUUUCCUCCCUAACCCCCUUCUUCAUGGACACCUGCGGAUUGUUGACUUCGUCUGGAACUCAAUCAAGUUCACCAAGAUUGUGGCGAUGGACGGAGUGACCUCCUGGGCCUACGCACACACGCAUCCAUGAACCUUCACACACAUGCACAUAUGCACACACUCACCUCUCCCCCACCCAAUGCCUUCGACGCUCCACCCCUCAGUGUGGUGGGCUACCCUGACUGGCGGCGCUCACCAUGGGCAGCGGCUGCGGGCUUCCCACCAUCACUGAUGACCCAUUCCACUACCCCCCCCUCCCUCAACAACCAUAGCAUGUCUCCGAAUCUCUGUGUAUGUGGUGUCAGUAAUGUGCUCAUGUUGCUGAGGGUUUUUUUGUCACUACACUCAUAUUAAUGAGAGCAGUCUCUUUAUUUACCUCCUCCUCUCCCUCCCUCUUGUGUGUUCUUUCCCAGUCUGUAAAUGCAAUUUCGUUGUGCACAAGUGCAAUGACAAUAAAGUAUACCUGACCUGACCUGACCUGAAUAUACAGAUGGCCACUCAUUUGCUCAUUUAGGACAGUUCAUUUAAAUAGCUCAAUUUAAAAAAAAAAAAGAUUACAGAUUAACAUAACUGUACAUGUUCAGCAGAAAUGAGCUUUGAUUUAAAAAAAAUGUAUAUACACUACAGGCCAAAAGUUUGGAAGCAAGAUCAGAUUUGUACAAAAAAGAUCAUAGUUUCAUAUAUAUAAUUUGCAACACAAUAAACAUGACUAUUGUAUAAAGAGUAACUUUUCAGAAGACAUUUUGACUAUAAUUGUUAGGUAUUUGAGUUAUUGUUACUUAGACUUUGCUUUCUUUAAAGUAACCUCCUCUGGCUUUAACAACAGCUUGGCAUAUACGAGGCACUCGUUCCACAAUUUUUUAAGAUAUGUUCCAGGGAUUGCAUUCUAAGCUUUCUUAAGUUCAUUAAAAAGAGACUACUGAUUCGUGGGACGCGUUUUUUUGGACCAAUCGAUCCAAUUCAUCCCGCACAAGCUCAACUGGAGAAAGGUCUGGAGACUGAGGGGGCCAAACCGUCUUUUGAAGAACACCUUCCUCUUCUUUUUUGUCUAGGUAACCCUGACAGAGUUUGGCAGAGUGCUUAGGGUCAUUGUCUUGCUGCAAAACAAACUUAUGAGCCACAAGUCUGAGUCCAGAUGGAACAGCAUGGUGCUGGAGGAUGGAGUGGUACUGUUCCUUCUCCAUGAUACUCUUUACUUCAAACAAAUCUCCUACUCCAUCACCUGCAAAACAUCCCCAUACCAUGGAACUACCACCUCCAUGCUGAAUUGUGGGUGUAACACAUGGUGCUUUUCAGACUUUCACCAGUUUGUCUGCGUUUUGAACCAAACAGUGCAAACUUGUUUCUUGUCAUCAUAAGUCCAAAUUUUGUGAGCUUUUGCCCACUCAUAUCUCUUUUUCUUGUUCUGUGGACGAAGUAGUGUUUUUUGCAGAUACACAACCCUUCAGACCAGCCUUUCUCAAACAUCAUUUCACGGUUGUCAGAGAUAUGGGUUUCGACCUUGUCAUGCUGAUUUUCUCCCUUAUUUGUGGUGCUGUCUUUCGCCGAUCUCUCUUACUGGUGACAAUGCUUUGUUUAUCCUCUGCUUUUGUAGUAACUCUCUUUCGUCCAGGACUUUUUCAAUCAUCAUAACUUCCAGGUUCCUCGAGUCUCUUCAGAGUGUAGUGGACUCCUUUGUUAAACACCUUUAGGCGUUUUGCAAUUUCUCUUUCUGUGUAUCCUUCUUUCCUCAAUGUACAAAUCUGUACUUUUGUUUCUUUACUCAGUUGCUUAUUUCUAGCCAUUUUUGCGGUUGUUUGAACGCAGUUGAGAUUUAAGAUUUUUGUAUGCAGACUCUCAAAAGCCAAAAAGUUGGAAUGAAUAAUCCAACUGUGAUUUGUUUUUUUGCUUUUGCACUGAAGUUGUGACUCUUGCAAAUGUUUGCAACCCUAAAACUUAGCCCUUAUUAUCUUUUGCUGACAUAUACUUAGCAAUGGUCUGUUAACAUCAAUGUAUAUCUAAAGUUUAAUGGAGUAAAAUGGUGCAUUUCCAUGAAAGCAACAUCUGAUCAUGGAGUAAAUACAUCCCAAAAUACAUAAUACUCAUGCUGGAUUUUAAAACAAGCAUUGUGAACAAAAACUUGAAGUUACUCCCAACUGUUCGGCCUGUAAUGGCCUUGCUUCCAAACUUUUGGCCUGUAGUGUAUAUAUUCAUAUGAGAGAGAGAGAUUAAGAGAGAGAGAUUGAGAGAGAGAGAGAGAGAGAGCGAGAGAGAGAGAGAGAGAGAGGCUUUGGAGAAAUACAGGGUUUGGGAAUUGUGUAACAACCAUGUAAGAUAUCGGUGGCUGUUUUUCACCUUUACCAACCUUAACUGUUUGCACUUAGUUUGACCAAUCUUGGUGGGUAGUCCAGAGCAAAACAUGCAACACUUCACUGUAGUGUGCUUAUGACUCUUUGACCCUUUUGUGUACUUUUGCAGUACUACCUAUAAUAACACUUGAGUGCAACAACUGGUUUACCACCUAUUCUCACAUUAUUUUUUAGAAAUACAUUUGGUGUUGAAAAUGAACAGCCUUCUUGACGCCACAUGUAAGGUUAUUUUAAAGUGUACACACACACACACACACACACACACACCCCAAUAAGCACUCCUCCAUAUGCAGUUUGACAAGCAUGUUAUUCACGUCUCAUGACAGAGUAGGUACACCUACUUAUGUGAGUGCACAUACUUGUGUGGCUUUGCAUGAGCAUGAGAGGGAAAACUGACAGAAAUUCAGCUUUAGGAUGUGUAUGAUGUAACCCCAAAAUUAGCCACUAAAAUGAUCCAGGCAGACUGAUCUCUGCUGCAGACAUGACUUAUUUGUGCCAUAGACUGUAUAUACUAUGGACAACUUGGUUCCGCCUACUGCCUGUAUACAGAUUUGAAGCCAUAAAGCUCUCGAUAUUUCCAGGGUUUUUCUUCAUUUCCUGAAACCAGCGCUGCGCAGUAGCGAUGUGUGCAUUCAGCCGCGCAGUCGCCGAGGGUCACUGUGAUGACACUCGGCUCAAACAGCAUAUCCCCGGGGUGAGCUACGCAAUCCCUGAACGCCCAUAGGCUGUAUCAGGUGUCAAUCAUAGAAAACAUGAACCCCCUAAUAACUUCUAAAAAUGGAGCUUCACAGAAAAAAGAGAACUUGAGCACAAACCAGUCUCAGAAUAACUACAUGUCAACAUCACAAGCAGGGGGGAGAAAAAUGUAUGUUCUGUGUAAUAAAUUUCUAAAGGUUGUCCACAGCCCCAUAAGCUUUGCUAGCGGAGGCGGGAUUUAUGACCUAUACUGCAGCCCAUCAACAGAGGGUGCUGUUCUCGGAAUGGCUUCACCCAGUGAGGAGGCAGACUCUGUCCAUUCUAUACAGUCUAUGAUUUGUGCUCAACAUUACUUUUUUCUAUCAAAACAAUUGUAUUAGUUAUAAUUGCAUAGAGCACCGACACUAGUAAGCUCCCACUAGCAAAUUAAUGAAUUAUAAAUUCAUUAACAGAGAAAUACAUUAAUAUAUAUAAAAAAAUAAUAAUGAUGGUAUUGUAAAAUAACCAAACUUCCCUAGUUGAAAUAAUACAACCUGUCUAAAAAUUAUAUUUUAUUAGCUUUAUUACAUCCAUCCAAGCACACAGCUGUUCAAAAAUAAUGGUGAUUCCUAUUUUAUGGCUGGUUUAGGGGAAUGCCAUGUAUCAGCAAAUACUGGAGUUCGGGUACCUUGAAGUAACCAAUGGUGUCAGAACCUCUCCUCUCUCAUUUUCUCUGCUUGCUCGUGGGCUCUUUAAUCUUGUGUUAUUGUACUUUUCAUUCAUAAAGAUGUGCUACAGUUCCAUUAAAAGACUAAUACAACAUCUUACCUGCUCUAUCCAGGCUGCCAGCCCCUGCCUCUGAAGUAUCUGGACUGGGCGGAUGUGGAAUCCAUAGUGGCAGUGGUGUUCUCCUGUGUGGGCAUCCUCAUCACCUCCUUUGUCACCUUUGUGUUCAUUCAGUACCGUGACACGCCUGUGGUCAAGUCCUCCAGCAGAGAACUCUGUUAUAUCAUCCUGGCAGGCAUCUUCUUAGGCUACAUCUGUCCCUUUACCUUAAUUGCUCGCCCUACUGUGGCCUCCUGCUACUUGCAGCGGCUUCUCGUGGGUCUCUCAUCUGCUAUGUGCUACUCCGCAUUGGUGACCAAAACGAACCGCAUUGCCCGAAUCCUGGCAGGCAGCAAGAAGAAAAUUUGCACCAGAAAGCCCCGUUUUAUGAGCGCCUGGGCUCAGGUGAUCAUCGCCUUUAUGUUAAUCAGUGUGCAGCUAACACUGGAGAUCACUCUCAUUAUUCUGGAGCCCCCUGAACCAAUCAAGUCUUAUCCAAGCAUACGUGAGGUCUACCUCAUCUGUAACACAAGCAACCUAGGCAUGGUGGCACCACUGGGCUACAAUGGCUUGCUAAUCAUGAGCUGCACCUACUAUGCCUUCAAGACUCGAAACGUCCCUGCCAAUUUUAAUGAGGCCAAAUAUAUUGCCUUUACAAUGUACACUACUUGCAUCAUCUGGUUGGCCUUUGUCCCCAUCUAUUUUGGUUCAAACUACAAGAUCAUAACCACGUCCUUCUCCGUCAGCUUAAGUGUGACAGUGGCACUGGGCUGUAUGUUUACGCCUAAGAUGUACAUUAUCAUUGCCAAGCCUGAGAGGAAUGUCCGAAGCGCCUUCACCACAUCUGAUGUGGUGCGAAUGCAUGUUGGAGAUGGGAAGUCUGCAGCUCAAUGUGGGAGCAACAGCUUCCUUAAUAUGUUCCGCCGCAAGAAGCCUGGAUCUGGAAAUACUAAGUGAGUAAACUUUCAUGUUCAGUUUUUGUAUUGUUUCUUUGGUUUAUAAAUGCCUAAACACUCAAAAGGUACAAAUAAUCCUCAGCUUUUAAUAAAUCUAUCAUUUAUCUCUGAGGCAUGUGCAAAUAUUAUUUUAACAAUGUCACAGGAAUGGUACAACCAAUAAUAGGGGUCAUAUUAUGAAAGAAAAAAUUGAGAUUCUGGGGAAUGGUGUGGUAAAAAAAAAUCACUAAAAGGAGGAACGUCUUUGAACAUCUUGUGAAGUUAAACUUAAGCAGGAGUUUCAGAGAUAAUUUGAAGAUUCAUCUUUUAGCACAAGACCCUAAAUGGAUUGUGUAAGACACCAAGCCUACUCUGAAGGAGGGUUGAUUAAUAAGCAAGCUGUGCAUGCCAAUGUUACAGCUGUUUGCCCAAGGCUGUUGAGUGUAACUUCACAAGAUGAUCCAUGCUUGUUGAUUUAUUGCAGGUGACUGGCUAUUCUUCUGAUCUUACUCUGUCUCUCUCCCUCUCUCUCUGUUUGUAAUGUAUAUAUAUAUAUAUAUAUAUAUAUAUAUAUAUAUAUAUAUAUAUAUAUAUAUAUAUAUAUAUAUAUAUAUAUAUAUAGAUAGAUAGAUAGAUAGAUAGAUAGAUAGAUAGAUAGAUAGAUAGAUAGAUAGAUGGACGUAUAUUUUACAUAUAAAUUAACCAUGGGCUGUGACUAUGACUUCUUUCUUGUAAAAAACAGCUUUUUUUCUCUAAUGAUUAAAACUUUAUGAAUGUGUAUUUAAAACUUUAACUCUUAAAUUCAGCAGGUUUUUUCUAGCAGUUUUCCAACUUUUUUUUAUUAUGGCUUUAUUCUAUAAAAUUUUAGCUUUGGUCUUAUUUUUCUAUGAACUUAAUCUUGUUACUUUUUAACUCAAGUCUUGCAAGACUACCUUUUUUUCACAAAUUGAUUACUUUCUAUUGCAAAUUUAUCUUGUAAGAUUACAACAUCGUUCUCAUAAUGUAUAACUUUUCUUUAAAACUUUUUCUCAAGAUUACAACUGAAAUCUUGUUUGUUUACAAUUUUUUUCCCCUAGCAACCAUUUUCUUUUAAAUUCAGAACUUUUGUACAUUUCAGUAUGUUUAUGCCUUCACUGACAAUUUUUUUUUCUAGCCAGAUGACAACUGCAACCUUGUAAAUUUAUGACUGUCUUCUCUUAUGUGUUCAUUCUUAUAAAACUCUCCAUUUUAUAAGUCUCAAUUUUUUCAUUCUUAAUGUGGCCCGAACCCUUUUCUGAACAGUCGAUGUCACCAAAUCUGUGCAAAAUUUAAGAGACUUUGAUUUAGAAACAGGCAGUGAACAGGGACAGAUGUGGCAUCCCCCUCCCCCUGAGAGUGAAAUAUGAUAAAAGAAAAAAGCUAAUUUAAUAGUUAACCUGAGAACACUAAUGCUAAUGUGUUAUGAUCAUCAAAGUACACAUUUCUAACAUUCAAACUAGAUACAAGACUUGCAUAUAUCUGUUUUGGGAUCCACAGCAGUGACACAUGGACAGGUGUGUAAAGUAAGCAGUGGGGCAGUGUAAAAGUGAUCAAAAUACGUUUACAUGUUGUGUCCUAUCUGUCUUAUUUAUCUCCUAACCCUUUAACACUCGAAACAGAGCAGCAUACUGUCUAAAAGUAUGUCCUUGCUGGCUAAUAUUAAAGCAUGGGUGUCAUUCAGCUUUUUUUUCCUGGAGAUCUGCACUGUAAACUAAUACAAUUACAUUUUUAUGACUAUGAUGUACACUACAGUGGACACUCAGCAUCAACAUGAUUUAUUGAUCCACAGAAAAAAGAUUUGUUGCAGGGUUUUUUUUUAUAGCGACUACAUCCUGAAUCAUUUGUGAGGAAAAAAGCGCAGCAGGUAACAUUUGUUUUAUUUGAUUGGCUCUCAGCUUAAGUUGCUUGAGAUGAAAUCAUGGUGUCAAGUACCCAAUGACACAAAGAAAUCAACUACCUCCGUCCUCCAUUAUUUAUUACACUGCAGUCCUCCAGGAAAGAGUGUGGCACCCUGCUGCUUUUUUAUUCUGGAUUAACCUCACAUUUAACUUCUCUCAGCAUGAAUGCCCCUCCCCUCCCCAUCUCUCCAAACACUCACAUUAGAGCAAGACUUAGCUCAUUCUGCACCAAAUUCUGUGUUGUCUUCAGGCCAGUUCAGAAACUGAUAUCUUUAGUCCAAAAGCAUGCAUCCCAUUUUAUCAAUAACAAAGACAAGAAGAAAUGAUCUACUGAGUGCCAGCUCAGGUUGCAAUUGAUGAUCAUAAUGCUGUCUUCAGCACAUUAUGAAUCACCAGCCCCUGAUUGUUAAUAAGUGUACCCUUUAACAAAGCUGUUGAUAGUCAUGUAAUUUCAAAGUAUUUUAACAUGCAUCAGAAUUGUUGAAAUGCUGCUGCUCUGUUGUGUCAUGAGACUGCCAUGUUGAUGUUUUUCUGCAAUCACCUGCCGGUUUCCUGUGUUAGUAACUUGGGUCUUUAUCUCGUUCAUAGUUCUAAUGGCAAGUCUGUGUCAUGGUCUGAAUCAGGUGCAAGACACCCUCAGAGGGGGGGGAAUGUGUGGCACAGACUGUCUGUGCAUGUGAGGAAACAGGAAGCCGGCUUGAAUCAGACGGCGGUCAUCAGGCCCCUAUCUAACAUCCCCGACCCCCACAGUUGUGAGCCCCCCUCCUGCGACCCUGGCACAGACCCCAAUCUCCGCCAAGAACCACGUAGCGCUAAGCCUCUGUACAACCUGACAGAAGAGGAUGAUGAGGGCGAUUCCCAGCGGCCCCUCUGGAACCAGACUUGUUCUGGACAAGGGCUGGAGUCUGAUUUAGAUAAGCCUGCUUCUUAUGUGCCCCCUCAUUCAAAGGGCUGCACAACUGAGUGCUUGCAGGGAGCUAUGUUGGACACACACAGCUCCCAUAUACCUGCGCUGAAUGACUACACUGCCAAGGAGCCACUCCCUGCCAAUGAGCCUUUGAGCAUGACACCCUCCCAGCCUCCCCUGGCCUCAAAGGUGAAGGCUUAUGAAGGGGGAGGAUCUGAGGAUGAGGAACUGGACCUCUUACAUAGCUACAUUUAUGAUGCCAAGGAAGAGGGGGAGGAGGAGGAGGAUGAUGGGGACGGUGAGGAUUUAACUCAGAGCAAGCCAACUCUCGAGGAUUCUAUUGCUCUAUCACCCCCCUCCCCCUUCAGAGACUCUGUGUGUUCAGGGGACUCUCUGAGCGGCUCCCCUGCUAUGGAGUCAAUGCUUGGAAGCCCUCUGAGUUCAUUCUACACCUCAAACAUCGUCCAAGACUACGCUCACAGCUCCUCAACACUGUGAGAGCAAAAAGCACACUGGUGCACACAUAAACAUGCAUUGUGAUAUACAGCUUUACACACAAUCACUCUAACACACAUACACACACACAAAUGCACACAUACUUGCAUUUUCAGAUACACACUGCAUAACCACAUGCUUUUAUUACAAUUGAAGGUUUCUUAAAUUUAAUUCUUUGCUCUCUCGUUUGCUUGCCUGUAGUAAGUACUCUGCUUUUAUCAGGAAGGGUUAAUCAUAAUUAUAAAUAGAAAAACCAGGAAUCACCGUCAUGAGUGCUAUCUAUCCUGAAGGGCUGUUUUAGCACAGAGCCUUUCAGUAAAAUGUGAAGCAGGGAAUAGUGCCAAAUCUAGUCAGCUUUUGUGCCAAAUUUUGAUGAACAAAGCAACAAUGAGGUGAUGCUAUGGUAAUGCAUUUAAAUGGUCUUUGACUAACAAACAGAAAGGAAAACACAAUUUUUCUGUGUGUAUACUGUUUGUGUACUGUAAGAUACAACCAGAGGCUAAGCUGGCUCUGGGGACUGCCAUAGCUCAAGUGCAUUUCAUGCCAUGUUUGAUUAGCUCUGCGCCUCUCUGCUGCACAUGUGCAGGUCUGAUCAUGUGUGCGGUGGAUGCAGCUGAGUCCAUAAACUACCUGCUUGCUGCCUUUCACGUUUAUUAUUUUAACUUCUAUCGGCUUUCUGUCAUAAGACCUCAUUACAAUUUAAAUAUGACACAGAAAUUAACUUUUAAGAAAAGUGCAGUUAGUUGGUUGAUUAUUACUUUUUAGGUGUUGCAAGGUGUGUAAAACAUCACAAAAACUAUAAUAACGUAACUGAAAUUCUGCUGAAGAAUUGCGCUGUAUGAUAUAAAAAGUGAAAAUAAUGUGCCAAUCACAGUUGUUACCAUCCUACAUCCCUGCUUUUCAAGUUUUUACAAUGUAGCUGGUACAGUUUAGUGUGAUUAUAGAUAGUGGGAUGUUGUGUAUUCAGUUUACACUUAUUCAUGACCCUGAGAACAACUUUUUCAAGCAUGGGGACAUGAUCAAAGACCUACUUUUGCUUUCCAUGCUGUGUUGAUAUAUUUUUUAUGUUUUCUGAGUUUGCUGUGUCAUUGUUAUGAAAACACAGUACUUGUACAAGUUCUCAAAGUUUGUAAUACUGUUAAGCCAUCUCUUGUUUUUCACACAGGUGGUAUGUUUGUAAUACUGAUAAAUGUUUCUAUAUUUAGAAUGUCAACAAAAAAUAAGUUUAUACAUUUUAAAACUGUCCUCAGAUACUUGUCACAGAGCGUUGUGUUUGGUUUUUGGGUAACCUUUAAAGCUAAAUUGGGUCAGCUGUGUCCUCUUGAAAAUAUCAGUUGUUUAAAGUAACCAAUGAUUAGUUGCUUCUUGUAAUGAGACGAUACAUGUUUCAACUUUGCUUCAAUCUUGCAUUAUAAACUUAAGUAGUUUACUUCAGGUUAAGUUUCUUAGUUCUUUAUUGAUAAGAAUGCAAAUUAUUUCAAAGUAAAAGCCUAUACAGUACAUAGUGCAAGUGUAUUGUAUUUCCAAAUGUUUUUAGUCUCUUAUAGUGUAAGUUGUUCAAUGAUUUGAUUGUAAAAUAUACAAGGGUGCAACCUGUUUAACACUGUCAAAUCUUGAAUGAAAUAGGCCUUUAUGUUUUGGGCAAGCUGAACAAUGCCGUAAAAUAAAAACUAUUUAUAUUAAGAAGACUGAUCAAUCCUUACAUUAAACUGAAAAACUUA